GGUAAAGCUCGCUUGUUCCCAGAUCAUGUUGCCUGCUGCCAAGUCUCGCGAGCUUUAAUUCAGAGGCAGUUUCUAUUAAUGUCAGUACUAUCCAAUUUACAGAACUGAAGCAGCAGAUGCAUAACUAGUCACUAAACACCUCAAGAUCAUCACUGUUUAAAACUUUGCAACCUUGUUACAGGUAAGUGUUUUUGAAUGUCUCUAUACAGCAGAGUAUUUUUUUUUCUUGUGCAUUCCUCCUAUUUCAAGUUUCUGUCAUCUGAGCAGAGAAAAAACUACUUAAAUAUCUCUGUUUUAUUGUGCUCCCUGUUUUACUUUUCCAUAUCAAAAUGAACUGCUCCUAUGUAUUUACAUGCUAAAUAGUUAAGAUGCAAUUUUUUUAGAGCAAUUCUGCUGCUUAAAUAAAUUGCUAGGUAUUCUGAGGACAAUCUAUUAGAAUCUAUAUAACACUUAAUAAUAAUGGAAGGAUUCAUGGUGGUUAUGUAUUUGUUUUGAAUUAGUUAGCUUAGCAACAUUAUGUAGGAGAUAUGAAUAAAAUAAAAUAAAAAGGAAUUCAUGUGUGUGUGUAAUUGAAAACAAAGUAUCAUUUUUUAUCUUAUGUAUAUUUCCUACAGAAUUUUAAUAAGAUAACAUAUAUCUAUUAUAGUUUAGUAAACACUGUAUAUUUGAUUUUAUUUAUAUUCCCUCUUCUUUUCUCUCAUUCUCUCUAUUCCCUUUCCUUUCCUCUCCAAGUUUGUUAUUAUAAAGAAUGUUUUCUUGUUAAAAAAAAAUCACUUUUUAAGUUUGUGUGUUACAUGUUGAUUAUAUUAUAUUUUAAAUAUAUUUUGCAAUUUGUAUGUACAUGGUGUAUAGACUUUGUACUUCGCAAAUGGUUUGUUUUCAUUACAAUUCUAAAUAAAUCUUUGCUAAAGCUAUCUGAAUUGUGCUAUAGAUUUUUCCCUGUAAAAUAAAUAUAUUUUUAUAGAGUUUUUGUUCAAAACAGGUGCAGGCAACACAUCUGCUUUGUUCAUCAUAAGUAUUAAACACUCAUAUAUAUACUUAAAAUUUAAAUUGUAUGUCUAGUAAAAAAAAAAAAUGUAUUACUUUAAUUAGCAAUACAUGCAAGGAGCCUCAUCCAUUAUUACACCCUCACUCCCCUCCACCCCCCAAAAAAGUUUAAUCAUGUUUAGUAAAAAAAAAUAGCAAAUACCAAGGAAAGUUGGCUGAAUUUAGAUUUUAUGGGAAAUGGUGUAAACAACACUCCCUUUCUUCUAUUAGGAAACAUGCACAUGGUAACAAAAGAUUUACUGUUAUGAUGUGUAAAGCAGAAAUCUGCUGUAUAAAUAAAGCUUUGUAUUAUAUUUCUCUCUAAAAAAAAAAGUCCCAUUCUUCCUUGGUGAUUACUGUCAGUCUUUAAGCAUGUAAUUCCUAUUAUAUUAUCAGCUAAAAAUAAAUCUGAACAGGAAUAGUUUUAGUUACAGGAUUAUUAUAUUAGAAUCAACUAUUAUAAAUAUGUAAAGGUUACACGAGGGUAGCGUUAUGUGAUAAAUAAUAGACAUCCAGAGUGUUCAGCAUAUUGUAUAUAUAAUAUUUAUUAACAUGACAGCUAAUUCUUUUCCAUUCUAUUAAUACAAGUCUAAAUAUAUGACUGUAACAAACCUUUAACUCUUUAGUGGCUUCAAUAUACAGAAGAGGCUGUGAAUAAAUGCUUCAAAAGCAUAGCACGAUAUAUAUACACAAAUGUGUGUUAUUUACAAGACUUGAAUUAUUUGUAUAUAUUGUAUAGCAGUAUAUUAGCCCUUCAAUAUAGCACAGUUAAAAAUCCCUAAAUAAAAUAUGGAAACAUACAACUAUCAUUAAGACAACCCCAAGGAGUACGAUGAUAUAGAGUUCUUGAGAUUACUGCUAAUCCACCAGGAACAUUAUUGAACACUCGGUUGAAAUCUGAAUUUUGUAGUUAUCGCUUUCAUCUGAUGUAAUUUAUGGGUAGAUUUUAAGGUAUAAUCAUGAACAUGUAAUAUAAAUCAUGUGAUCUGGCCUUUCAUACUUGAAUUAUGUAGUUAAUGUUGCCUUAUGAUAAUAUGACUGGGGUGUGAAUCUGAACUCCUGAACAAUCUGUGCGAAAAAACUGAAUUGAAAAAACAAUUUCAAAUGUGGCAAGGAUUUCUAUUUUUCUAAAUGUUAUUUUGGUGAACAGUUUGCAAAACAAUUUGUGUUUGCUAAAUUAAAAACUUUUGAUAGACUGAGAACUGUGUACCACUGACAAAGAUAACACAAGAAACCACAAAAAAACCACAAUCUCCAACAAUACCUUGUUUAAUAAACAAUCCUGUAACUGUUUUGCUAUAUCCCAAAUUAAUUCUUAAGAGUUUGCCAAAUGAAUACUAAAAUGACAAAUAGAUAUGUAUUUGUGUAUAUGCAUAUAUUGAUUGGUGUGACUGACACCUUGCCUGCCUGAAGUUGGUGAAAGGUUCUGAAAAUAGCAGUCAGCAGUCUGUCAUAAUUUGUUCACUCUAAUUAAAAAUAUGCCCUUAGUGGAGCUCCAAAGAAAAAUCACAUAAAGGACUGAAUUCAUGACAGAAGACGCAAAUAGCAGUUGUUAACUUGGAGUGCGACAUCUACCAAUCUCGGAAAAGCCAGGUCAUAUUUGUUCUGUGCUUCCCUAAUAUUAAAGAAACCCUUAUCCUGGUCUUGUGGGUUAUUCUGAAUUAUUCAAAAUUCCUCAAUGGAUAUUUUUUCAUUAUAACAGUAUGCAUCACGUGUAAAAACAAAAAAUGUAUAAACAAAACUGUGUUUGUGUUAAUAGUAGAAAUAUUAAUUUACUAUUAUGCUUAUAAUGUAUACAGAUGUAAGAAAUGGCAAUAAGACGCAUUCUCUAAAAUAUGUAAAUUUCCCUUAAAUUACUGAAUGCAAAAAUGAGUGCAAGCAUGAAUUAACCAGUCACAUAUAAAUAACACAUUUUAUUUUCAGUACAAAAUAACAUGUUAAAAUAUGUUUUCUAAAUGUUUGCAGAAUUAUCGGGAUGUUUCUAAUGCUUCUAUUAAGACUAAAUAUGCUUUAUGUAUUUCAGUUAUCAAGAAUGUGGCACAAUUUGAUACAAGGAAAGAAUAUCUCUGCAAUCUGUUUUACUGUAAUUUGUAUGUUUUUUAUUAACUGUUAUUGUGAUGAUGAUGAACCCAUUGUAAAUACUAAAUAUGGAAAAAUAAGAGGUAUAGAGAUAUCAGUAUUCUCUGGAAUAAUAACAGCAUUUCUUGGAAUUCCAUAUGGAGAACCACCAGUUGGAGCCUUGAGGUUUAAAAAAGCAGAACCUUAUAAACCAUGGCAAGGGGUCCGAAAUGCUUCAACAUAUGGAAACACUUGCUAUCAAUAUGUAGAUCAAACAUUCCCUGGAUUUUCUGGGGCUGAGAUGUGGAAUCCAAAUACUGAAUUAAGUGAAGAUUGUUUGUACCUCAAUAUAUGGAUACCUACCCCAAAGCCAAAAAAUGCAAGUGUCAUGGUCUGGAUUUAUGGUGGUGGUUUUGAAACUGGGACAUCUUCUUUAGAUAUAUAUGAUGGAAAGUUUUUGGCCAGAACCGAAAGAGUUAUUGUAGUAUCAAUGAACUACAGAGUUGGGGUAUUGGGAUUUCUGGCUUUUCCUGAUAAUCCAGAAGCGCCAGGAAAUGCAGGCCUAUUUGAUCAGAAAUUAGGCCUGCAAUGGAUUUAUGAGAACAUAGCAGCAUUUGGUGGGAACCCAAAGAGCAUAACAAUUUUUGGAGAAAGUGCUGGUGGAGUCUCAGUUAGUUAUCAUUUGCUUUCUCCGAAAAGUCACCCUUUUUUUACAAGAGCUAUAAUGCAGAGUGGAACUGCUAAUGCACCUUGGGGGGUAGUUACUAAAAAAGAGGCCCAAACCCGAGCCCUAGGCUUGGCAAAUCUAUUGAGCUGUUCUUUCAGAAAUGAAACUGAAAUAAUUGCUUGCCUUCGUAAUAAGACUCCUCAGGAAAUAGUUGAAAAAUCAGUUUCAACUAUAAGACACAGAUCAUCUUUAAUAGAAAUACAUUUUCCUCCGUCAGUUGAUGGGGAUUUUCUCAUGGAUAAACCUGAAGUGUUGAUACAACUCGGCCAACUUAAAAAAAAUACGCAGAUAUUAACUGGUGUCAAUAAGGAUGAAGGCUCAUAUUUCUUAGUAUAUCAAUUGCCUGGAUUUAGCAAAGAUCAUGAAAGUUUUAUAAACAAGACUCAAUUUCAGGAAAGUGUAAAAUUGGCAUUUAAUAAAGCAACGGAACUUGCUUUAGACUCUAUUAUUUUCCAUUAUACAAACUGGGAGGACGAACAGAAUCCUGUUCAUAAUCGUGAUUUAAUGAAUGAGAUCGCUGGAGAUUACAAUUUUAUAUGUCCGUUGCUGGAAUUCACAAAAAGAAAUACCGAACUUGGAAACAGUGCUUACUUAUACUUCUUCAACCACAGAUCAUCCAAACUUGCGUGGCCAAGUUGGAUGGGAGUUGUGCACGGAUAUGAGAUAGAAUUUGUUUUUGGAAUUCCAAUGCAUAGAAGACUUAAUUAUACAAGAGCAGAGGAAAACUUGAGCAGAGCUGUAAUGAAAUAUUGGGCAAACUUUGCUAAGACAGGGUAAGUUCUUCAUGUUUAUAAUUAAUUAUAAUAGCAGCUUGUGUAAAAUAAUUUGCUAAUGAAGUUAUGGGCAUUUGUUCAAAUCACGAUGCCAAAAAGAAUGUUAGAAUAUUGUUUUCUUACAAACUCAGGGGGACAUUAGGUGACAGCAGGAGAUGAUCUUAGCACCUUGUGUCCUUAUAGAUUUUUCUUUAUCUUCCCAUCUCCUACAAGAAUGUCAACAAAUGGUGUCAAAAGCUGCAGCUGUUCUAAAUUAAAGCAAACAUAGUUUUGAAUUACAUAACAAUUUGCACAUGUGCUUCUAGAGCUGGCUUCACUGAUAAAUGUUCACGGCUCUUUCACUUUUACUGUUUACAUUUUUCACAACAUGACAAUUACACAUCAUUUGAGAUGUUAUUUUAGCACAAGAUUUUUUUGGGAGAUUUACUUUUUAUUUACAAUUUUAUGUUGUAUACCUAUUUGAAACCCAUUACUUCAACAAACAAUGCUGUUCCUUACAGGAUUUAUGAGUUAAUCCCUGUGCUAUUUUUAAAUAGAGUUCUCAUAAUUAAAAGCUACUAAUCCUACUCUAUCCAUAGUUCAUCUAUUUUGUAGUGAGACAUUUCCAGUUGAGCAUCACGUUUGCCAUCAUGGUGUUUUGUUGCCAUUCUUACUGACCUUGAUGAAACAUUGCAAAGUCAUAUUUUAAGAUAAGGCAUUUUGGGUGCAACACAUAUAGUCCAACCAUAUGCAGAUAACUGCCACUACAUGUAAGGCUGUUUGAGAAAGUUGACAUCAUAAACCCGAUGAUAUUAUGCAGAUACAUAUCAUGUGACGUGAAAAAUAUAUCAAGUUUUAGAGUGUUAUUUAAGGAGAAACUGUCCCUUCUGGGAAAGAGUUCCUUCUUCCUUCCUCCUGGUAAGCGCUAUUGCAGUGCUUAUUGGGGUAAAUUGUAGAGGGAUGGUAAAAUACUUGCUAUCCUUUUCUACACUUAUGUAUUGCAAUGACUGUGUUGCAUGGGCAGAUAAAGAAAUACUGUACAGAUGCAUGCAGAAUUGGCAUAACAUCCAGCAGUACCAAUGCUGCACACACAUGCAUAUGAAACUGCAAGAAAUAACUAAUCUAAUGCUAUGUUAAAAUUUAGCAAGUGAGCAUUCAUCGUAAACACUUUAAAGAUGAAGAGGGAGAAUAUCAGUACAUUUUACUAGACUCCACUAAAGAAUAUAAGGAUUUAAAUUCAUAAUAAUUAUAUAUUACAUAUUGUCCCAACACUGGUUUGGUGCCCUAUAUUUUUCUAUAAAAAAAGUUUCUAUAUAAAAUGACAUAGGUCAAACUGUUAUGCACGGACCUAUGGGCAGAGCCAGAGGAUGAGUAUGUACGUGAUGCAAAUAUUAUCAUGUCUGCUGGGAUAGAGCAUGUGUCAUUUCAAUGCGAAUGCAUGCCGGGAUAAAAGACUGCCAAGCAGAAUGGACAAUUAAUGCUGAAAUCUUCUGUAGCACUUACAUAUGGGUUUAAGCAGGGCUGGUGCAAGGAUUAUUGUUACACAUGCCAAGAUGUAUUUUGCUGCCCCUCGCCCCCCCAAAAAUGCAUAUUCACCCAUGUGUCUCUUUACCCCCUUUGAAUUUAUUUCCUCCUUUUGUCGCUUACAUACUCUUUAGUGUAUCAUAUCCCAAUGUUACCCCUUUGUGUCUCCUACAACCUCUCCUUGUGUGUUUUUUUCAAUUUUUUUCUUUGUCUCUCACUUUCUUCCAGCCUUUUUUGUGUGUCCCUUACUUCCCCCAGUUCCUUUAUGUGUCUCUUACUUUUUGUGUGUCUUUUACUCCUCCCAGUUCUUUGUAUGUCUCUUUCUCCCCAGCACCUUUAUGUGUGUCUUUUCCCCUUGCACAUUUGUGUAUGCCAUUUAUUCCUCCCAACCCUUUUGUCUCUUUCUCACUUCCCCAUCCCCAUCCCCUCCGUGUUUCUUAUUCCCUCCCAGACCCUUUGUGUGUCUCUUUUUACCUAUCUCUAGAACCUUGUAUGUCUCUUUUUCCACUUUUGCAGCCUCCCUGUGCAUCUUCCCCCGCAGCACCUUGUCACUUUUCUCCUAGCCCUUCCGUUCUCUGUCCCCCUGCCUCUCUCUUAGUCUCUUUCUUCCCCCAAGCCCUGUGUAUGUCUUUUUCUCAUCCCCAUCCCCUCAGUGUGUCUCAGUCUCUCCAUCAGCCACUCUGUGCAAAUCUUUCUCUCUCCCAGACCCUCUGUGUGUCUCUUUCUCCCCCAGUCCCUUUGUGUGCAUCUUCUUCCCCCUAGCCACCUUGUGUGUCUCUUUUUCCCCCAGCACUUCUGGAGUGUCUCUUUCUCCCCCAGGACCUGUGUAUGUCUUUUUCUCAUCCCCAUCCCCUCAAUGUGCCUCUGUCUCUCCACCAGCCACUCUGUGUGUCUCUUUUUCCCCCAGCCUCUCAUACUUCUCUUUCUCUACCCUAGCCCCCCAUGUGUCUCUUUACCUUCAGCCCCUCUGUGUUUCUCUCCCCCCCUAGCCUACAUCUGUGCCUUCUUUGUGUGUCUCUUUUUCCCCCAGCACUUCUGGGUGUCUCUUUCUUCCCACAGCCCCUCCGUGUUUCUUUUCCCCCAGCACCUUUUCUCUUUCUCUCAGCCUUCCUGAGUGUCUCUUCCCCCGUCCUCUUUUGUGUCUUGUCCACUCUCUCCCUGUUGUGGUCUCUUGCACUCCUCCCUUAUGGUCUCUUCUACUCCCCCCUUUGUGGUAUUUCCCAUCUUCUCGCCUCCUGUGCCUCCUUCCUUUCUCUUGUAGCAUAGCCACGCGGACCACCACCUGCGCUGCCUUAUAUAGUUUAUUGUGGAUUUAAUGUGGCAUGCUUAAUUACCAACCAUAAGCUAUUGAGCAUAUCACUCGUUAUUUAGACAGCUAUUGAGAACUUGAGGGAUUUCACCCUAAACUGAAUAUAAGCAUAGAAUACCCACGAAGGUGUUUACAUGAGAUUGAAGGUCUAGAGACUAGGGAUACCUUUACCAUAGACCUCUGGCAACCCAAGAGAGGUGGAUUGAUGUGGUUACAUCCCUAUUACCUAUCUCUCUGUAUAGACCCUUCAUUUUAUUAUUUAUGUGUGCUUUUUUUCUCACAAUUUAGCAUAUCUCUCACUAUUCCUAUUAUGUUUUAGUUUUUGCUUCUGGAGGUCCACACUAGGCUCUGCCGUAGCCAGUGCUGUAUAUACUUCCAUGAGAGCUUAAACACAUAAAGGGGGAGAUUGCUACCUCUUCAGUUAGUUCUCAAAUUGCCAAAUCCAUAUACGUUUGGAACUAGUGUGGUAUGCUUUACUACUGGCUACCAAUUAUUGAGCGUCUCACUCAGGGCUGUUUGCCCUUUUAUCAGGCUACACUGUUUAAUUUGUCCUAGUACCUUUCAGAGUUACUAAUAAAGUUAUUUUGUUAUUUAUUACUAAGAUAUUUUCCUUUAAGAUCUUAUUGGAGUGGAUUGGAAAUUUAACCUUGUGGUCACUUUUUAUUCAAGUGACACCUUUGGUUCUUUACGAUGUGUGUAUAGUGUGUAUGCAGUGUGUGUGUGUGUGUGUGUAUAGUGUGUAUGCUGUGUGUGUGUGUAGGAUGUGUGUGUGUAUAGUGUGUAUGCUGUGUGUGUAGUGCGUAUGGUGUGUGUGUAUAGUGUGUAUGCAGUGUGUGCAGGGCCGCCAUCAUGGGGUGACAACCACGUAUAUCAGCGAAACUGCCGCCGGUGCAUCUGCACCGGGGCCCACACGCUGAUGGGGCCCAUCAGGUGGCCCAAGCAUUUAUCUUCAGGGACCCGGUCAGCGCUGUAAUAGCGUGACCGGGCCCCUUUAAAAAAAAAAAAAAAUGCAGCCGGAAAGCAAGUGCUGCUGGGAGGAAGUGACGUCCUGUCACUUCCUCCCAGUUUACUCCACGCGGGAAGGCAGAGAGAAAGCAUGAAGGCUGUGAGGAAAGGCAGCCAACUCACAUCAUCCCCAGCCACCCUCCUGCGACGAAAUGGUAAGGCUGAAAAUGAGGUGUGUGUAUAUAUGUAUGUGAGUAUGUGUAUGCCAGUGUAUGUAUGUAUGCAUGUAUGUAUGCCACUGUAUGUAUGUAUGUGUGUAUGCCAGUGUAUGUAUGUAUGUAUGCCAGUGUAUGUAUGUAUGUAUGUAUGCCAGUGUAUGUAUGUAUGUAUACCAGUGUGUGUAUAUAUGUAUGUAUACCAGUGUGUGUAUGUAUGUAUACCAGUGUAUGUAUGUAUGUAUGUAUGUAUGCCAGUGUAUAUAUGUAUACCAGUGUAUGUAUGUAUGUAUGUAUGCCAGUGUAUGUAUGUAUGUAUACCUGUGUGUGUAUAUAUGUAUGUAUACCAGUGUGUGUAUGUAUGUAUGUAUGUAUGUAUGUAUGUAUGUAUGCCAGUGUGUGUAUGUAUGUAUGUAUGUAUGUUUGUAUACCAGUGUAUGUAUGUAUGUAUGUAUACCAGUGCAUGUGUGUAUGUAUACCAGUGUAUGUAUGUAUGUAUGUAUGUAUACCAGUGUAUGUAUGUAUGUAUGUAUGACAGUGUAUGUGUGUAUGAAUGCCUGUGUUUGUAUGCCUGUGUAUGUAUGUCACUGUAUGUGUGUAUGUAUGCCAGUGUACGUAUGUAUGUAUGCCAGUGUAUGUGUGUAUGUAUGUAUGUAUACCAGUGUGUAUGUAUGUAUACCAAUGUGUGUAUGUAUGUAUGUAUGUAUGUAUACCAGUGUGUGUCUCUAUGUAUGUCAGUGGGUGUCUGUAUGUAUGCCAGUGUAUGUGUGUAUGUGUGUAUGCCAUUGUAUGUGUGUAUGUAUGUAUGUAUGUCAGUGUAUGUGUGUAUGUAUGUAUUCCAGUGUAUGUGUGUAUGUAUGUAUACCAGUUUAUGUGUGUGUGUGUGUAUGUAUGUCAGUGUGUGUAUGUAUGUAUACCAGUGUGUGAAUGUAUGUAUGUAUGUAUACCAGUGUGUGUAUGUAUGUAUGUAUGUAUACCAGUGUAUGUAUGUAUGAAUGCCAGUGUAUGUAUGUAUGUAUGCCAGUGUAUGUAUGCCAGUGUAUGUAUGUAUGUAUGCCAGUGUAUGUGUGUGUGUGUAUGUGUGUGUGUAUGUAUGUAUGCCAGUGUAGGUGUGUAUGUAUGUAUGCCAGUGUAUGUGUGUAUGAAUGCCUGUGUAUGUAUGCCAGUGUAUGUGUGUAUGUAUGCCAGUGUAUGUAUGUAUGUAUGUAUGCCAGUGUAUGUGUGUAUGUAUGUAUGUAUACCAGUGUGUGUAUGUAUGCAUGUAUGUAUGUAUACCAGUGUGUGUCUAUAUGUAUGCCAGUGUGUGUCUGUAUGUAUGUUAGUGCAUGUGUGUAUGUAUGUAUGCCAUUGUAUGUGUGUAUGUAUGUAUGCCAGUGUAUGUGUGUAUGUAUGUAUACCAGUGUAUGUGUGUGUAUGUAUGCCAGUGUAUGUGUGUGUGGCGGAACCCGCCUCACCACCUGGCAUUGGAGAGGCCUGGCUGCCCGCCUCCUUCCUGCUGACUAUGGCCCCUGGUAAAGUUGUACUUUUGAAUGCAAUAUUUGGGCAUAUUGUAUUUUAUUGUGCGGCUACUGGCUCUUUAAGCACAGUGAAUGGACUUACUGUAACUUUUUGGACACUUCCUCUUCCCCUCCCCCGGAUCCAUUGUUCUCCAGCAGGGUGUUCUCCCAGGGACACUGCCAAACCAGUGGGAACUGGUUUGCCAGGAAAAAUCAUGCUUGCAAGUAAAAAAAAAAGGAUUUCGACCUAACCGUUAAACCCCUGAACCUAUUCAAGUGAAUUUUGGAUAUGUUUGUCCCCAAGUUAUACUGGUUAAAAUAAUAUAAGUUUUAUGUAUGUGCGAUGUUAACUCACAGAGUUAUAAAAAUGUACAAAAAGUAACUUUUCAGCUUGGAGAUAAUUGAGUAGAUACAGUAAUUGACUCAAUUAUCUCCUAAGCAGAGGGGAGGAAUAUGCUGGGUGUGUUUCUAUUUUCCCAUUGUGUCUGAUUGGCUGCUGUACUUGCAUUGUAUGUGUUGUAAUGUGUUUAUUGGUGGUUCUGCAAAACCCUGUGGGCAGUACUAUGUUUUGUGGAUUGUAAUAAAAACCAGGCUGGGUGUGCCAGCACUGGAGUUCCUGUUUUAACCCUCAAAGUGAAGUGUCGUCUCAUUAUUGGGGGAAGGAUUUAUUGUAUGCUGUUCCAGUUUGACUGCUAGGAGAGUAAACCUAUUCGUAUGGUUCCUAUUCAACUGUCUACAGCAUUCAUAUGCUUGAGAGAAGGUAAACGCUUCUCUGGUUCGGUGAUUGUGGUGUCUGCUGCAGUGCUUGGAGUCCUCAGGAAGCGCUAGGAGCAUCUUUCAACGGAGGUACCCAGUCGGGGUGCCAGGCGAUCCGUUACAGUGUGUAUGUAUGCCAGUGUAUGUGUGUGUGUAUGUAUCUAUACCAGUGUGUGUAUGUAUCUAUACCAGUGUGUGUGUGUAUGUAUUUAUGUAUACCAGUGUGUGUCUAUAUGUAUGCCAGUGUGUGUCUGUAUGUAUGUCAGUGCAUGUGUGUAUGUAUGUAUGCCAUUGUAUGUGUGUAUGUAUGUAUGCCAGUGUAUGUGUGUAUGUAUGUAUACCAGUGUAUGUAUGUAUACCAGUGUAUGUGUGUGUAUAUGUAUGCCAGUGUAUGUGUGUGUGUAUGUAUGGCAGUGUAUGUGUGUAUGUAUGUAUGUAUGAUAACCAGUGUGUGUAUGUAUGUAUGUAUACCAGUGUGUGUGUGUAUGUAUGUAUGUAUGUAUACCAGUGUAUGUGUGUGUGUGUAUGUAUGCCAGUGUAUGUGUGUAUGUAUGCCAGUGUAUGUGUGUGUAUGUAUGUAUACCAGUGUGUGUAUGUAUAUAUACCAGUGUGUGUAUGUAUGUAUGUAUACCAGUGUGUAUCUGUAUGUAUGCCAUUGUAUGUGUGUAUGUAUGCCAGUGUAUGUGUGUAUGUAUGUAUGUAUGCCAGUGUAUGUAUGCAUACCAGUGUGUGUAUGUAUGCAUACCAGUGUGUGUAUGUAUGUAUACCAGUGUGUGUGUGUAUGUAUGCCAGUGUAUGUAUGUAUGCCAAUGUAUGUAUGUAUGCCAGUGUAUGUGUGUAUGUAUGUAUGCCGGUGUAUGUGUGUAUGUAUGAAUACCAGUGUGUGUCUGUAUGUAUACCAGUGUGUGUCUGUAUGUAUGUAUGUAUGCCAGUGUGUGUCUGUAUAUAUGUAUGCCAGUAUGUGUAUGUAUGUAUGUAUAUAUGUAUAUAUCAUUAUGCAGUAUGUGUAUGUAUGUAUGUUUGUCAGUACAUGUCUGCAUGUAUAUGUGUGUGUGUGUGUGUGUCAGUAUCUCCCUAUGCAUGUGUGUAUGUCUGUUUCAGUAUUUGUAUCUGUUAGUGUGUGUAUUCCUGUGGGCGGGAUUUGGAGGUGGGCCCUGUGGGCAGGCUUGAAGGGGAGCCCAGACCUUGAGCUGUGUUAGGGUCCCCAAAAUUUCUGAUGGCGGCCCUGAGUGUGUGUGUGUGUAUAGUGAGCAGUGUGUAUUGUUUGUGUGUGUGUGUUCCUUCGCUUGCGUCCAGGGAGGGGGGGGGUGCACACUACAUUCCCUUGUGGUCCGGUGGCACAGUAUGGUUGCCCAGUGAAGAGGGGCCCAGGAGUCUCCACAUCGAGCAGCAGCAUGUCCUCUGUUCUCACGAUCCGCGAGAGCAUUGUCGCAGGUUGCCAAAGCAAAGUGUGUCAGCGAGAACAGAGGACAUGCUGCUGCUCGAUGUGGAGACUCCUGCAAGCGGCAUGACAAUGUGCCCCGGACACCCCCCUAAUGUAUGGCACCUGGGGCGGACUGCCACCUUCACCACCCCACUUAGUACGCCACUGCUGUGAUGGCUGAAGCCCGCAAUCAAAGGGGAACUAUAGUUAUAUUUUUAUUUAUUUUGUAUCCGAGGCUGACUGAGCACAGCCAUAGUAUGCUACAUAUCAUAAUUUAACCCCUGCAGUGCUGCAUGUAGAAGAAAACACAUGCGUAAGGCACAUAGGAAGAAAUUACCACAUGUAACUUUGAAAGCUGACCUCAAAGUUUAAAAACAUUACAACAAAUGUUUGCAGAUAUUGGUGAUGAAAUGGGCAGAUGGAAAGUUCAAACUGCAUCAUGUCAAAUACUUUGGUUUAUCUAAAUUUGUAAAUAUAAAACGUGUAUAUGUCUAGUGAAUAGAAUUUUUGGUAUUUUUGUUUGAAUCAGUGGUGCACUCCCUUUGCACAUAUUUAAAUGAAAAAGAUAAGAUGGUAAUAUUCUCAAAACUAAUUUGACAGUGAAGGUGUCAUAAAUAAUAAGUUCUGAGAAAUUUUAAAGUAGGUUAAAAAGAGGUCAGUUUCUCUAAUUUGUUGAAUCUGAUUCUGUAAUUACUGUCUGGGGCGUAAGACACUUAUUACAAAGGCUAGACACUCAUAUUUAGUGGUCUUUCAAUGCAGCACCUUUUAAUAUGUUUUAUAAUGCUAUAUUUAUUGAAUGAAUCAAUCUAUCGUUGAUUAUCUUUUGUGUACGUGUCAAAAAAUUUGUGUAUGUGUCAAAAAUAUUUUUAGCUGCAUCACCUGUUUUGCACAGCUGAUCUAGUGGCAUGUGACCAUCCUUAUGUACUGCUGAGUUGUGCUUGAAAAAAAUAUUAAGGCUCUUCUUUUCACUCAUAUGAACUAACAUGGCUCCAAUUUGACCACAGACCUCAAUGUGGGGUUUAUUUACUAUUAAAUUGCUGUGAAUUGAAAACAAAAUUGCAAAAUGUAGUUAAAAUAACCCAUAUAGCUAAGUUGGUUAUUUUGUUCAAGUUGCACAUUGUUGCCGAUAUGUUAAUACAUAGCAAUUUGAUGUUUUGUGAAUAAAACCCUAUAUGUGAAAUACAAGGGCUUAUGUCCGCCAUCAGUACAAGUAAUGACAGCCAGUACUCUUGAGCAAUAGGGCCUGCAUGGAGCAAACCACUUUGCGAAACUCCAGCAGACCUUGCACCUUGCAGAUACUGCACUGACCCCUGUCUUUACUUUAGAAGGAGACCCCCCUCUUUACUCUGGGAAAACGUGAUGUGAAAUCAUAAAGGGAGAACUGCAAGGAUGGUUAUCAGUGCACCCCGUAACCCUGUUCCAGCCAAAGUCAUCUAAAAGCCUGAUCCACAUUGUAUCUUUGAAAGCAGGGUAUUUCUGUGAGUGUGUAUUUUUGUCUGGUAUGUGGGUAUCUGAGAGUGUGCAUUCUGAAAACUCUUUACACAGAACAUAGGUAUCAGUAGAAAGACUAACAAUCCCAAUCAGAAAUGCUUACAGGGAUACUAUAAGUGCCAGGAAUACAAAGUGGUAUUCCAGGCACUAUAGCUCCCCCACUCAGUGAAUAAAGGGUUUAAAACCCUUUAUUUACUUGCCUUAACCCCACACCAUUGUCCCUCGGCGCUAGGUCGUGGCCCCGCCUCUUCCUCUGUCCCGCAACAAGUGGGUGCCAUUGUGCAUGCGUAGCAAAUGACGCACGCAUGUUAGACCUCCUCAUAGCAUUAAAAGCAUUGAAUCAAUGCUUUCCUAUGGGGGAAAAAAUCUAAUGCUGGAUGUCCUUAUUUAGAGAGUGAGGACGUUUAGCAUCAGCUACCGGACCAAAGGUCCAUUUGGAUCCAGGAAGUUCUCUAGUGGUUGUUUAACAUUUUACAAAUUUACAAGAAGAACCACAUUAACUGAGAGAAAGAUCCUGAGAUUCAAAGGGGUGUAUAGAGUACAAUUUUCCAUUGACCAUUUUCUCUGGCUAACAACAUAAAAGUUUACGUGGACAUUUUUGAAGGUACCAUUGAGUGAUCACAUUUUCUGUUCUUCAUGGUUGUUAAAGUCUUACUGCAGUCUUGAUUUUUUUUAAAUGGAUAUAUGUGUAAGAGAUAUUUUAAGCAUUCGUAUACUAAAGUUUCAGUUUAUUAUGUAUUGUAAAAGAAGAUAUUUUUAAAAUAUAAAUGUGAUUCAGAAACUACACCUAAGAUAAAGACGAAUAAAAUAUAAACAAUAUAAUUAUUUUUAAUAAGCAGACACAGCAUGAGGAUUUUUUUUUGCAGUGAAAUGAUGUGUCAUGGCAAAUGUUUUUUCAUGGAAAACAGCUGAUACACACCAUUAAUUAUAGGAACAAUAUCAUACAGUAUUUUAUCUUGAAAUAUCAGAGGAUUUUCCAAGUGAUUGCCACCUAAUAAUACUGGCACUGUUGGAAAUGUCAUUUAUUAUUUUUAACGUGAGUGGGUGGCAAUUAGCAAUUAAACAAUUUUUUAUAUAUUUGCAUCAUGCCAUCUGCACCUACAUAGAUAAAUCAUGUGUAAUAAUUAGAUAAUGAGCAAUGAGACUGCAGAAAAUCUUGCAAUCCAUCUAAUUUGGACAACAAUUUCCAUCCUGCUCAGCCAUCCGUAAUCAGAAUUGCAGCCUGAAAUAGCUGCAUUCGCUGAAUUUUGAUAUCUGUGGUUAAAAGAAAACAAAAACAAACAAACAAACAAAACAAAACACAGUAUGUGGAGCAAUUAUAAUGCAAUUUAGAGUGAAAAUAGCCUACCAAAUUAAAAACUUGAUUUAUUUCUUUGUUAUUUGUAUUUAAUACCAUAUUUAAAAUUUUAUAUUAUUUCAGGACAUGUCAAAUAAAUGUUCUUUUGAACUGCAGAACUAAUCAUUAAAAAGAAAAUAGGCAGAUUGACAGAAUGUCAUGAUAUCCAUGGUUAAGUAUGAAAAAAAAGAUUUUGGUGCAAAUAUAUUGCUAUUUAAGUUUCCAGGAGUUUCAUUACUCUACUAAAUAAAAUGCUGUAGUUUUGAUUUUUUUUUUCAUUUUUAAGUGAAUGUAAAAAAUAAUAAUAAUAUAAUUGUUAUAUCAUUGCAGGAAAUGCGGAAUUGCAUGUUCUUUUGAAUUUUAGAAAUACCCUUGUUUUGUAUGAAAAAUAACAGUUCUCAUAGAACUGUUCUAGCUAAAUACUUUAAAUACAAUAACAAUGUAAGCUACCAAGAUUAGCUUUGGCCCUUCAACUUCCAUUUGUUUAAGAGAGGCUUGAAUAGUCUUGACAGUUUGCAUUUCUAAACAAAAGUUUACGAGUAAAAGCAUCAUCUAUAUCCAAUUAUUUAGUGAUUUUCUCUUAACACGCAUUUUUUUUUUCCCUUUUGGGUAAUGCAAGAUGUGAUGUCCUUGCUGAGAUAUAAUGAAAAAGAAGCAGGGCUCUGAGGAAAUAAAACCAUGAGCUUGUGCAUUCAGCUGGUUAAGUGCGUCAAAUAUGCCUUUAAUCAAGGAAAUAUUUCAAUGUAUCAUAAUCUGCCUGGCUCAGGUGAGGAUUCAGUACUUGAUUGGUGCAAUGAAAAAAAAUAAGAUGCCGAUUUUUAAAAAUGGCAUAAAGCCAAUGGUACAGUAUCACUGUGGUUGUCGUAAGUAGCAUAAGGAGCACCAGUGAAGAACUGUGAUAUGUUUUGUAUAAAUAGAUGGGCAGAUAGACAGACAGAUAGACAAAGCUUCUAGGGGUUUUUAUUGCAAAACAGUCAAGAGAGUAUCAUUUUGAAAUAUGCAGAUAUAUUCAUUAAAAUUCUAAAUAUUUAUGGAAAAAGGUUCAAUUACAAGCUCUAUGAAGAAUCAUGUGACCUCAUGGGAUCUUCUAUCUAGGCAUCUAGGAGAGUACAAAAUGACAGGGCACCUUGUGACUUUAUUAACAAGGAACAGAAGACUUGAAAAUUGUAGUGAGGAUGUAGUACCUUUGGCAAAUACUCAUCAAAUCCCACUAUCCCCUUAUUAUGAAUAUUUGUAUAAAUGCAAAGACCCUGCAAGUGGCAUUGUCACAUUAAGUUCAAACAGAUGUUAGAGUCACCUUGUAUAUGUAGUCCAUUCAUGAGACCCAGAGACAUUAUUAGAACAAAAACAAAGAAUUCAUAUCUAUUAGACUAUACAGUGGUAUAGAGAAUACCUAGGAAAUAAGACAAAUACAAGAUAAACUGGUCCCAGGUAACUCUGUAAUAUGAUUUAGCAUUCUGGAAUAUAUAUAUAUAUAUAUAUAUAUAAAAUCACAAAAUGCCCUGUAUUUGAAUUUGGAGACCAGUUAUUAGGAUGUGGCUAAUUGGAGUCACAAGAUAUCUAGAGAUGUUCAUUUGAUUGGCCACUGCUGAUCACGGACAAGGCAGUCCAGACAAAGCAGAAAAGUUGGUGUUUUAUCAUUGCUGCAGAACCAAGUCCUGCAACUAUGAAAUGUGAUUUUAGGGACAGCUAUUUAAAAAACAAAUUGAAAGUCCCUUUGAAAUCAUUUUGAAUUAUUGAUAAUUCUUAAUUUUCAGUGGAUAACCAUGUGGUUUUAUGUGGGUUUUUUUUUUUCAUCCAAAUGGCAAUACUAUUUUUAUUCACCUGUGUUUUGUAGGAACUUUAAAGUAAAUAAAAAAAAAAAUACAAACUGAUAAUCUCAGCAUAAUGUUGUUGAAAGUUGAUUUAUUUUUGAUAUACAAAAUGAGCGACAUUUCACGUUAGUCAACGUAAUUAAAUUUUUAUUUUUUUUAAUUAAUAUUUAUUAGAAUAUUUGUCUAUAGAAUAUACUAUUCAAAAAGUUAUUUGCUUACCAAGCAAAAUCAGUUUUAGAAAUAUUCACCCAUCAUGGGGGUAUUGAAAUAAUAACAUUAAUAAUUAUUAAAAAAAUAUUAUUAAAACUUAAUAGAAAAAAAUUAAAAACCACAAUACAAAAUCCAGUCCAAAAUAGCUGUAACAUUUCUCUACUAGACUAUUUUAUCAUGCAUUUAGUAAUUUGUUUUGUAAUACACAAUUCACUGUUUAGUAAAUAAACCCUUUAGUGUACUUUUCACUCCCCUCCUUUAAACUAGCAUUACAUGUCACCUUAUGCUAAUCAUGGACCACAAUUAUCAACAUAUAACUUUUGUAAGUAUACCUAAUUCAUUAAUACAUAUUUUUUAUUUGCCUGUUUUACAUGCUUAAUUAUAAUUUUUUAAAAGUAUAACUAAUUAGAAAAUAAGGACAAUACGUUAUUUAAUUUCAGAAUAUAAGACUGGUUGGUGGACUGGUUUGAGACAGAAUGAAUAAAUUACUAAAACACUGCAUUAUGUAUACUGAGCAAUAAAACCAGAGCAUUUCCUGUGAAGCAUAUACAAUUAAUUGCAUUAUAUUAAUUUAAUUUAUUGGAAAUUAUUCAAUUUAAUUAUUGUUUAAAAAGAAAAAAAAAAAAUUUUAUUUCCACAAAAAUCAAAAGGACAAAUAUAGUCUGGUUACAGAAAAUAAAAUAUUGUUUUUUAAAUAAUUCAGAUAUGUCUAAACUAGAGCUGCUUUCUAACGGAAAAAUAUGUACAUAUUUGACAUUGUUAGUGUUCUAUUAAAAUCACAUCUGAGUCAACUGCAGCAUCAAUCUUUCUUAAUAAGGAAUGGAAGAAAGGACAUUAUUGAAAUAAAUGAAGAAUUUCAUAAAAAGAAAUAUGGCCAGGACUCAACUGGGUUUCAUUCCAACAAACCACAAAGUAACUUACACCAGUCCUGCUGACUGAAAAAGAAAUGUUAUGUUUCUCCUGUGCCACUGUUGCCAAGACACUAAUCAACUAAAGGCUAGCUGAUAGAAAACAGCAGGAUGACAGUAGGUUGGAAACUUGAGCAGCUCGGAAAAGUAGGUUGACUUUUUAUUUUCUAGUCACACAUUUUAACAGCCUACUGUAAUAGCUAAUCAUGCCGAAAAAAAAUGAGGCAAAGAUCUGGUCUUCAUACUUAUAAUAAGCCUGGCUGAAUUGAUAUCCUACAGUGAUAAAGAGCUUAGAAACAUAUGGGAAAUGUUGCAAGAUUUGAUCUUAAAAUAAUCAGCAUUCUUUAACACGCCUCUCAAGCACCGCGUAAAUGUACUAAGGAAAGAAUUGCCCAAUUAUGGGCACAAGCAUUCUGUGUAUGCUUAUUUAUAGCAUUACACACACUGAACAUUUUUACAGAAGACAAAAUAUUGGAAUUAGUAUAAUUAUACAGCAAUACAUUACAUGUAAAAGUUUGAAGAUAAUGUUUUGAAAUAAAAUACUUUUUACAGACAAAUCUGCAAUCAAAAUACUUGCUAAAGGACAUAAAAAAAUAGUAAGGACAGAAUGCCAUCUGUAGAUAUUGAGAUAUGAUAGCAGAGUGCCUUUAUACAGAUUUAGAAUGUUGGCAGGGCUGGUGCAAGAGCGUUUGGCUACACGUGCAAUGAUGCUUUUUGCCUCCCACCGCCCCAUGAAAGAAGCCUAUAUUUUAUUUACACUGAGGCACCACAUACAAACACAAACACAAACAUGGUUAUUGACUAAACACAGACAUUUUCACAAAUUAGUUCCAAAUGGCAAAACUGAGGUUGUUGAUCUGGGGCAUUCUCCAACUCAGCUAUAGUCACAGCUUGGCUAAUUUUGCCUCUGUUUUUCCAGAGUUUUUCCCCAGUUUUGUGAAUAAUCAUGAAAGUUUACUUCAUUGGAAAUUUUUGAUACUCAUCUAUGCCACACAAUACUGUAAGUUAAUCCGUUGGUGCUAUAUAAAUGGCAAUAAUAAUAAUAAUAAUAAUACGUUAUAUUGCUCUGCGAUUUUCUCAUUUACAUUGCUCAUUGAGAUGUUUUUUGUUGUGUACUAAAACUAUGAUAAAUAAACUUAGCAUGAAAAUUAAGGGUAUGUGUGGUGUGUAUGAGUGCAUCACAAAGAGCCACAAUAAAACUCACAGUAAUGUGCCUAGUAGUAUAUCACAGAGCUCCACAGAUAUGAAAACGCAUAGUACUGUGCAUUUUGUGUGACAUUAUCACAAAGCUCUACUGUAAUAAACCUCCCAAUAAUGUGAUGUAAAAUAAUGUGUGUUGGCUGUGUGUGAAAUAUGUGAAAUUUUAGUAUUGGCUGUGUGUGAUUUGUGUUUUGGCUGUGUGUGGUGUGUGAGUUGGUUAUGUGUGUGGUGGGUAUUUUUUGUCCUUUAAUAAUAUUAAAAAUACUAAAAAUUUUGUCCCCUCUCCUACAUAACUUUCUUGCAGAAAUGGGGCUAAAAUCCUCUGGUGGUCCAGUGGGAGUUAAUAAUUAUUCUUUAGUGCAAGAUUGGACUGCACUUGUGAUUGCCCUUUCCAGUCUGGAGCUUAGUGAUGAGUCAGAGCGCAAGCUGGGAAUCAUGUCAGUUGAGCUCAGGGCCGGACUACUGAUACAAGCAGCCCUGGAAAAAAAUCUAUGCCAGCCCCAUAAGUCAUUGUGCUAUGUAGGGUGUUAUAUAUAUAUAUAUAUAUAUAUAUAUAUAUAUAUAUAUGCAAUUGAAAUAGUUGGCUGCACUCUCGGAUUUCCUGAAAAUGUAACUUUUAUUGAAAUAUUUAAGAGAAGAUCAAUGUUUCAGUUCCUCUUGUGGACUUUCGUCAUGAUCCUGAUGCAAGUCCACAAGAGGGACUGAAACGUUGAUCUUCUCUUAAAUAUUUCAAUAAAAGUAAAAUUUUAAGGAAAUCCGAGAGUGCAGCCAACUAUUUCAAUUGCCUAUAGGCUCAUUGAUAGACAAUGACACACACAGACAAGGUUACUGGCACACACACAACUUUAGUACAGACAAACUCUGAUACACACAUACAAGCUUACUAUAGACAAGCUCACUGUCACACACACACGCUCACUACAGACAAGCUCACUGAUGCGCACACACUCUCCCUACAGACAAGCCCAUUGACACACACGCUCCCUACAGAAGAGCUCACUAACACACAGAUUCACUACAGACAAGCUCACUGACACACACGCUCACUACAGACAAGCUCACUGACACACACGCUCACUACAGACAAGCUCACUGACACACACGCUCAUUACAGACAAGAGCUCACUAACACACAUACAAGCUCACUCACUAGCAGGCACACACACACACACAAACUCACUAGCAGGCACACACACACAGAGGCUCCCUCACUAGCAGGUGCGCUCACACACAGAGGCAGACAGUCACUGACACCGAGGCAAACAUCCACACAUACAGAGACAGGCAGACAGCCACACACACACAGGCAGACAGUCACACACACACAGGCAGACAGCCACAUACACAGGUAGACAGCCACACACACACAGGCAGACAGUCACACACACACAGUCACAGUCACACGUCACACACACGCAGUCACACACACACAGUCACACACACACAGUCACACACACAGACAGUCACACAGACAGUCCACACACACAGUCACACACACACACACACACACACACACGCAGACAGUCAAACAGACAGUCACACACAUAGUCACACACAGACAGUCACACACAGACAGUCACACACACAGGCAGACAGACACACACCACACCGGCACACUGACACACACAGCCCACACACACAGUCACACAGAAACACAGACAGGCACACACACACAGCAGACAGACACACAGACAGUCACACACACAGACAGUCACACACACAGACACACACACACACACAUCACACUCACACACACAGACAGCACACACACACAGUCACACACCACAGGCAGUCACACACAGACAGUCACACACACAGACAGACACACACACACAGACAGUCACACAGACACACACACAGUCACACAGACAGUCACACACAGGUCACACACAGUCACACACACAGACAGUCACACACACAGACAGUCACACACACAGUCACACACUCACAGGCAGUCACACACAGACAGUCACACACACAGACAAUCACACACACACACAGACAGUCACAGACACACAGUCACACACUCACAGGCAGUCACACACAGACACACUGACCUCCUUCUUACCUUCAGAUCCCUUGGAGUUCCUGGAGACUGGUUGUUGGGGAAGCAGGGACUCCUUCCUGCUUCCCAUGCUGCAGUCAGCCAGGGCCCCGAUGCACAGCAAGGCCCACCCCCGCCGCACGCUAAGCUCCGCCCCGUCGCACGUAAGCUCCGCCCUGCCACAAUUUUUUUUUUUUUUUUAUGAUCCCGGCCGGCCAUGUGUGAGCUGUGCCGGCCACCUGGCUCCCCCUGCUCCCAUGGGGCUCUGUGCGGCCGCACAGCUCACACAUAGCCGGCCGGGAUCACAGGAGCUGUCAGCCCAAUGAUUAGGGCUGUCAGACCGGCCCCAGGUGCCGCAGCCCACCGGGAAAUUUCCCGGUAUCCCGGUGGGCCAGUCCGGCCCUGGUUGAGCUAUUACUCCGUCACUAAGUGCCGUAACUGCAAAAGAGCAAAUACAGUAGAGACCAUAGUCUCCCUCAGGAACCACUUUCUAACGGCAGUGCAUCAUGGGAUUUCUGGGGGUGUCCCUAGCCUGCCUCGUCAUAGAGGCAGGCUAGGGUCAUCCAAGCAGAGCUUGCCCCUAUAAUAAUAUUUACUAUUACUAUGUUCCCCAUUUGUCUGGUCAGGUCAGGUCAAUAUUAGUAAUAUUGACUCUGAUCAGUGUGGAUCUCCCUCUCUUCACUUGUGUUUUAGUGAAAGAGAGAGAAAGAGAGAUCUGUAUUUAGGUAGAGAGAUUUAGGUAGUUUUAGGUAGGGAUUUGUACAAUUGUGAGCCAUUAACCACUAUCUUGCCAGUGAUCAUUAUAAAUCACUGGCUUUUGCACAGCAACACUUUUUUGCUGCCUGUGCAUUUUUUUAGGGGUUCAUUUGCUGUGAUUUUUUUUUUGUGAGACCCAAAAGCUCUUUUCAGAGCUAUUAACCCCUUUCCUGACAGUGAUCACUGUAUAGAUUACCUGCUCUUGCGCAGCAACACUUAUUUUGCUGUCUGUGCAUUUUUUUAGGGGUUAUUUUUUUUUUGUGACACAUUACUAAAUAAAGUGAUUGUGAUCAUGUCACAGAGGUUGUAUAGCGCUGAGGAGGCGUACGCCAUCCUUGCGUUAGAGUCUUUUACUGUCCUGAUUGCCCUGUACAGCCUGGACUCUGCAUUGGGAACUGCUUCAAGCAAUAUCACACACUAGUCCGUUUGUAAAAAAAAUUCUUACGUUUGCCAUUCAGUUUUUUUUGUUUUUUGGUUACAUUUACUGUUCCUGAGUUUGUUUGUUUGUUUUUACAUUUACUGCGCCAGACUAUUUUUAUUAUAAAGAUCAACCUAUGCAUUGGGGCAUGAGUGUACUCAGGAGGCCUUGCAGAAAACAACCUGGAGUGUUUUCUUGCAAUAACGGACAACAGGCUCCCCUAAAUCUCACACAAAUUUGUGUGUAAAAUUGAAAAUUAAAAAAUUACCACCACACAUUUUCUUGCUAAAACGGGCUAAAACGGUUUCAUCAACUUUUCGAAUAUAUGCACGUUCAUGGCAAGAAAAUAAAUUGGGAUAUGUAAAAAGGCCCCCAAAAAGAAGAUAGACAAAGAAGAUAUGUUGUCAAGCGGUAGCAUUGUCCCACCUGUCAUGUGGCUGCGCUGGUACAGGUGAUGCUGAAGCUGCUCCCUAAUGGAGACAGUCAGAGCAUAACUGUUUUUCUUAUACUGCUUUCUCAUUAGAACCAAAACCUGGUGUAGAUUUAGACAAUACCUUGCAACUUCCUAUUGUAAGCUAUGCCACAAUGUCCUGUGGUUGUGCAGCUAUAGGUGAAUCUGAAGAGGUUACCUUCUGAAGACAGGCAAUGCAUAACAGUUUUCCUACCAUUGCAUUUGGUAACCCAUGUGUAUAUGCUACCAUGAUUAGCAAGGAAAUAUAUAUACAUAUGCACAACGGAGAACUGAGUACAAUUGGGAUAAUGCAUUUGUGAGAGGAUCAUAGACUAUGUGGAAAGAAAAGUCUAUGUUUCAUAUUGAAAAAUAAUCUUGUUUGUCCAUUCAUUCAAAUUCCGAAUGGUACAAUGAAAUAAUGAAGAAUCAGGGAGCUAUAUUUACUAAACAGGUCUCUAAUGUGGGACCCUUAAAUAUGACAAUACUAAUUCUCUUUAGGGAUUUAUCUACUUAACAGCUGAAAGAUCAAACUUAAGAAAAACCUUUUUCUUAAUUUAGCUUUUUCAACUGCUUAGUAGAUAGCUCCCUUAUUUGGUAUACGUAUGAUCCUUAUGGAAUCCUUAUACGAGAUACAAUAUUGCCAUAUUUAAGGAUACCAAAAUAGGCAAAGUUUAGAAAUUCCAAACUAAAAAUAUUGGAUGAACUUCAGUUCGAAUGAAACAACAUUUAUUUUCAUUGGAAUUUAUUCAGACGAACUGAAAAUGUCCACAGUGCAGUCUAGUGCACCGUUUCCCAAACCAGUCCUCAAUCAACAGUCCUCAAUCAACCCAUCAACAGUCCAGCUUUUGUCAGUAUCUCCAAUGGGAUAAAACAUACAUAAAUUCUAGAUUGUUGGUGGGCCAUGAGGACUGGUUUGGAAACUCUGGUCUAGUGGAUAGCCAUUAUUAAUUUCCACACAAGAUCAGUAUGCAGUGCAGUAUACAGUUUGAAAUUAUAAUUUGACUGUAACAAUAUAGAAAUUACAUGGCAGAUCAUGAGUAGAUAUAUAUUAUAGUCUUACUCAAAAUGUUAACAUUUCUUUAAAUACUCCAGGCACCAUGAUGACUUCAUGACUAUUUCAAUUAAUCGAAAUGGUCGUGGUGCCUGAGGUGUAUAGGUGCAGUGUUUCGUUUUGAGUAAUGCAAGAUAAUUGGUGUUUUAUUAGCCAGCCCACAACUAGAAUUCCGGGUUGGCUAAUGCCAAUUCUGUGCAAAGUUUGAUGCACAGAAUCUAAUUCAUUGUCUGAAAGCAAUCAACUGAUUAUCUCACCAGUGAACUCACAAGUGAAUAAAUGGCAGGAUUAGUAUCAGGCUUCUAAAGAUUUGCAGAAGAAGGAUGUUAUAAAACAGAAGAGACCCAAUGCCUGGCAGUACAAGGUGAGAGGGCAAACUGUUGUCCCAUUACCGGGGAACGACACUAGGGUAGUCCUGCCAUCAUAACCACUACAAUGGGCUGUAGUGGUUAUGAUGGUUGGAGUAACCCUUUAACUUACUCUUAAUAAAAUGACUUUAUUUAGAGCUCAACAAUAACCCUUGACAUGUGCUAUCACCAUUUACUCUCUAUUUUAAUCAUAAUCAUUGUUUUCAGGUCCACAUUUAAAGAUGGUGUAUAGAAAGUGUUAAUAUCUAACAUAUGUACAACUUCUCACCUUCAGCAUUUUACUCCAUGGAUAACCUUGUCAAUUCUUCUUACAACAGAAUAUAGGUUACUUUAUUAAUAUCUUAUAAUGUAACAUACCCAUUACUGUUCAGCUGUCAGAGCUGAUUUUUGGCAUCCAUUUCAGAUUCUAGUAAUCUCAUUCAGUCUAAAUGAAAGUGAAAUGUUCCACGGCAAUGUGAAGAUACUAGGAUACUUUGGAAUAAGAAUGUUCUUAUCUACCAAGCACAGAAUUUAACCAGCUUUAGAAGAUUCAGGAACAUAAAAUUGCAAGUUCAUAUCUUUAAACAAAUAUCGGGCAAUGAAAUUUGAACAACCAUUGUUUUUCCGAAAAUACCAAAUCACCUUCCACAGAUAUCUGCUGUAUAUUGCUGUAGGGAAAUAAUAAAACCUGAACACUAUGCCAAAGAGAUGCACCGUUCUUUAGCACUUCAACACUCUGACCACCUAAAGGUGGGUAAAGACCAGUGAUGUGAUGCGAUCCUGUAUGGAAAAGGGGGCGGUUUGCCCAAAUUAGUGUCAGGUCAACCUGGUGUAAAUGCAGACCAAGUUGCCUGAUAUUCAUAUAAGGCCAGCCCUGCCGGACCUGCAGGGACCACUAUGUCAGUGCUCUUCGUGGGGUUCUAGUGCCAUAAAUAUAGCGCAAUCAUGUCUAAUGAUGUGCUCACACUAUGCUUGUUGGGGACAGUACCCUGGCAGGACAUCAGGUGAGUCGCGAUAACAAGACAGGACCUGAAUAUUGGCGGUUGAGAGCCCUGUUGAAUAAUGUGUUAUUUUUUUAAUAUUUUUUUUAAAUUACAGAUUUUAAUAGGAAUAGACACUUUUAUAAAUUGACCUUGUUACAUCCCCCUGGCUGUCAAUAAGAUAAUCAGUCUUGUUACAUCUUGGUUGUUCAGCUCAGUAGAGUUGAGCUAAAAAAUCAGGAAUUGCCCAGAUUGCCUGCAAUGCAAAGAUUUCUCAAUGAUCUGCAUUAGAAAGUCUGUGAUUGGACAGCCACAAAAAGUCUGGGUGAGGUUAGAAGGGAACAGCUUGCAAAAGCUACAGACAAGAGAUCUGCAGCUUUUGCAAAAUGUCAUUAGAUAUAACCUGGACAUUAGCCUUCUAGCAGGGGCAGGGGGUGGGAGGAUGAUCCACCCAAGGUGACAGGCAGGAAUGGUUGCACAAAGCAAGUGUUUGCUCUGCAGUUCCAGUAGCAGACCUCACGUGCGGCAGGGCUGCUACUGAGAUUACUCUGUGAUUUCACUGCACAGCAAUCUCUCCCCACUCUGUACUAAUGUGGGGAGCUGGGAUAUAACAUCAUUCCAUUGCCGACAUUAGCACAGAGCUGUAGGAGCUGUGCAAUCAGUGCACAAGUGAUCCCAGCAGCAAGUCACUGGAUACCAGGGGUAAACAUCCAACGGAAAAAUUGAAUGUGUGAGUGUAUGAAUUUAACUUUGUGUGUCUAUGACAUGUAUGUAUAGGAAUGUGGGAAUGUGUGUGUGUGUUUAUGAAUAUGAGUAUGUGUAUAUGAGUGUGAGUGUGUGUGUGUUUAUAUGAAUGUUUGUGUAUAGUUAAAUGAAUGUCAGUGUGUUUGUGAGUUUAUAUUUGUGUUAUUUCUUUGUAUCUUAAAGGGACAUAAGGAACACCAAAACAACUUUAUCUUCAUGAAGCAAUUUUGGUGUAUAGUCAAUGCCUUUGAAGUCUUACUGCUCUAAUCUCUGCCAUUUAGGAGUUAAAUUACUGGUGUUUCUGUUUAUGCAGCCCUGGUAACACUUAUCCUAGGUGUGACUUACACAGCCUGCAUGAAAUAAAAAGUUUCAUUUUCAGUCAGAUAGUAGCUUACUUUAAAAGGUGCCAUCCUGCGCUCUAAAUUGUACUUUAAUCACAUACAGGAGGCUCCUGCAGGUUCUAGCAAGCCAUUAACAGAGCAGGAGAUAGAAAAUUCUAAGUUAAACACAGUUUGCAGUAAAGAAAGUUUAAACAUUAAAGACUCAUUACAGGAAGUGUUUGGAAUGCCUAGCAAGUCACAUGCAGAGAGGUGUUAAUAGGGCUGCAUAAACAAAGUGAUUUAACACCUAAAUGGCAGAGAAUUGAGCAGCGAGACUGCAGAGGCAUGAUCUAUACACCAAAACGUCUUCAUUAAGCUAAAGUUGUUGGAAUGCGCAUCCUCCAAAUAAGGUCUUUUAGCAUUGUGUCGCUUUAACCCCUUAGUGACCAUAGACGUAUCAGGUACGUCCGACAAAAAAACGGUCCUUAACCCCUUAGUGACCAGACCGUUUUUCAAUAUAUAUUUGUCAGGAAUCCCUGAAUAGCCCUUCACAUGUUAUAUUUUUUAAAAGAAGACAACCUAAGGUAUUAAACGUAGGGUAUUUUGACUCUUUUUUGCUCUUUUUAUGCAACCAUUUUACCAUCAAUCUAUACAAAAAAAUUAAAAAAUAAAAUAAUUGGUGAUUUUUUUGACACAUAGCAAUUUAAGAAUACAUGUAAGGAGAACUUUAAGGGUUACUGCCAAAGAACACCCCAAUAUGUGUUCAGCAAAAUCUCCUGAGUACAGUGAUACCCCCAUGUAUAGGUGUAUCGGGUUCUCUGGGGGCUAAAAGACCUUAUUUGGAGGAUGCGCAUUCCAGUUUUCCAACUUGGAAUUUUCUCAGCUGGUCAUCAUGGGACAUUUUUGAAGCUGGCCAAUGUAAUUUACCCCUAUCAAACCAUAUAUUUUGAAAAGUAGACACCCUAGAGUAUUUCAAAUGGUAGUAUUUGUGUGUCAAAAAAAUCACCAAUUAUUUUUUUUUUUUAAUUUGGCAUAGAUUGGUGGUAAAAUGAUUACAUAAAAAGAGAACAAAAAGAUUCAAAAAUACCCCAAGUUUAAUACCUUAGGUUGUCUUCUUUUAGAAAAUAUAUAAAUGUGAAGGGUUAUUCAGGGAUUCCUGACAGAUAUCAGUGUUACAAUGUAGCUUGCGUUCAUUUUGAAAAGAAAUGGUUUGGAAAUAGCAUACUUAUAGCCCUAUAAUUUUCCAAAAAAAGCUUAGAACAUGUUAACAUUGGGUAUUUCUAAACUCAGGACAACAUUUAGAAACUAUUAAACACAGCAUUUUUUUGGCAGUUGUAGAUGCGUUACAGAUUUUGGAGGUCAAAGUUCCAAAAAGUGUGUUUUUUUUUAAAUCUUUUCAUCAUAUUUUAUAAUUAUUUUUAUAGUAUAUUAUAUGAUAUGAGGAAAAUUAUGGUAUUUUUAGAAAAGUCAUUUAUUGGCGAGAGAAACGGUAUAUAAUAUGUGUGGGUACAGUAAAUGAGUAAGAGGAAAAUUACAGCUAUGGUCCUUAACGGUAAGAAAAUUGAAAAACGGUCUGGUCACUAAGGGGUUAAUAAUUAUGUUACCCCUUUUGCCACUUGCCUUUAUUUAGACUCAUUAUCUUUUAUUAUCUGCAAGAUCUCAAUAUCUGGCACCUCUAUUUUAUUCUCCUCUGUUCAAAAUAUGUGCAGUUUGUCCUUAUUCAUUUUUUUUUUCUAAAAUGGAUAAAAACAAAUACAUAGAAAUUGAGGAGUUAAACAGGGUUGUUUGAAAAAUAAAAACAUUCAAUGUGACAGGAAUGCUUUAGAUCUCUUUUGCUGUUUCCAGAGAGUCAGAUUGUAUGCUCGCUUGAGCAAGGUCCUCAUCAACCUAUUGCUCCUGUAACAUUUUGUAAUUGUCUCCGUUAUUGUUACAUUUUCCCCUUUAUAAUACUGUAAAGCGCUGUGCAGUAAGUUUGUGCUAUAAACAAUAAACUGCACAAGCACGGAGAGUAUGGCCCAAUUCAAGUCUUUUAUGAGCAUAAGCUAGAUCUAGGACUUGUACUAAACAGACUACUAGAUUACUUUUUUUCACAAGGUCUGUUCCUGAUGUCUCUUUAAAGUAUGUGUUUGUGUUGCUGAGUUGCCUCCUCAGGCUAAUAAGACUCAAGUUCGAGUACUGACCCUCAAGUUGGAGUACUACCUGUCAAGCAUCAAGGGAACAGAUGCAGGCCUGUACAGAGCUUGUUGUCAUGCCAACUGACUUUGGUACUAUGCGUGUGAAGGGUUUAGAAGAAGUCCUUACUUUGAUAAUCCAAUAUCAAGAGGAGCCAGGAAACCCAGAGAGGGAUCCAAACCAUGUUCUCACUGUGUACUCUAAUGGCAGCUUUAAGCUUUAUUUAAAGAAAUGCGUUGUCUCUUUUAUAUACAACCUGAGUUAAAAUGGAAGGACACCUAUGGAGAUAUGAUGUGUGUAUAUAUAUAUAUAUAUAUAUAUAAACAUACGUUGUUCAUUUACGUGAUUGCAUUAUAAAAUGCAGCAAUGCGUUCAAUAAGAUAAAAAAAAGUUUGUUAUAUUUUUGUUAGGAGUAUGAAAAAAUACAAAGAACAUCAACGUAAUAAAAUACAGGAUAUUCUGAUGUACAAUAGUUAAACAAAACAUUAACCAUAUUUGGAUAAUAGAAAAGAAAAGAAAGGAAAAUAAAAGAAAUUGGAGCCUUAUACUGACUGGAACCUCCAUAUGGGGGGUAACCCCUGCAUUGAGUUGAAUAUUGAAGAGAGAAGAGGAUUGGAGGGGGCAGUACCAGAUGGUACAGACUGGGGAAUAUCAAUAGUAGUGGUUGAAAAAAUAAAUGAAUAGAUAAUAAAAGGUCACUUUUAAUCAAUUUGCUUAAAAACCCAAUAGAUAAGGGCUGGAUAUAUAUCUUGUUCUACAAACUCACACACAACAAACUAAAUAAAGAAACAUAAAGUAAUUUGAAUAAAAUUGAAUGGUAUAAAUUGUAAUUUCCAGAAAACGUCCUGUACCAGGAACUGGUACAGUACGUCUGUACCAUCUGGUACUGUAAACUCCAAUCCUCUUCUCUCUUCAAUAUUCAAAACUAGUGAUGUCCCAAACGGUUCGCCGAAUGGUUCGCCACGGACUGCAAACAUAAACAUAAACUUUGACCCUGUACCUCACAGUCAGCAGACACAUUCCAGCAAAUCAGCAGCAGGCCCUCCCUCCCAGACCCUCCCACCUCCUGGACAGCUCACUAAGAAUGCAGCUUCACAAUGAAUGUAAAAUAGAUGCUGUCCAGGAGGUGGGAGGGUCUGGGAGGGAGGGUCUGCUGCUGAUUGGCUGGAAUGUGUCUGCUGACUGUGAGGUACAGGGUCAAAGUUUAUGUUUAUGUUCGCCGUCCGUGGCGAACCAUUCGGCGAACCGUUCGGGACAUCACUAUUCAAAACAUUAACCAUAUUUCUAUAUUUACUUGAUAAUGAAAAAUAAAGCAUGUAACAUAUAAAACCAUUAUCUUGAUCUCAUACUCCACUUUUUUAAAAUUAAACUAAAUUGGGGUUAUAGCUAAAAGUGCAGUGGUUAUUGAAGACAAAAUGGAAUAAGGAUAAAAAUAAAUAUAUAUCCUGCACUCCAACCUUAAAGGGACACAAUAGUCACUAAAACAACUUUAGCUUAAUUAAGCAGUUCUUUUGUAUAGAUCAUGUUCCUGCAGUCUUGCUGCUCAAUUUCUGCCAUUUAGGAGUGUAACAAAAUCCCUUAUUGAACUGACCAUGCGAACCAGCCUGUUCGGUUAUUUAGAUGGGUACAGAGUGAUUUUGUGCAAAUAGCGAGAAAAACGAAUAAACUACUGAACCACCCGACCUCCCAUUGAGGUUGUGUGGCACCUAUUAACCACCCAGACUUUGCGGUUAACCACAGCCUAAUUGGGGAAUAGCUGGUGGUCCGCGUUCGUCUACACAUGGCAAUCGCCAUUUUGGAUUGUCGACCGCACAGCAGUAAAUGGCAACGAUACCAUGGAACUAAUUUCGGCUACUUAUUUUGACGAACACCGCUGCUACCUCUUCAGGUCCUCGUUCAUACGGUGGAAAACCCACGAAUGCUGGAGAUACCACCUCAUUCGGGCGUUGGAGGCAUGCGAAAGUGCCCAACCCCAGAUAGCUACAGUAUGGAACUUGUUGUCGGCUGCAAACACGCGAACGGCCGGUGAAAGCCAAACCUUAGUCGACGUUUUUGAGAACUGUGUUCGUGGGAUCUGAGCGCUAUUCACCUAGAAUAUGCACUCAGAUCCAAGCUAUCUGGGGAUAUGUGGGACUUAAAGUUUAUGUUCUGUAAAAUGUAAGUUAUAGAUUUUUAUGCUGUUUUGCUAAAAUAAGAAAAGCCAUGUUUCUUUCUACCUGGAGAUAAUUAAGGCUCUCUUUACUCCCUUAAGUUAAUUAUCUCCAGGAUGGAAAAGAGGGAGUGAUUUAUGUAAAAUGGGAGUGCUUAUGUUAUAGCCACUGUGAUUGGCUACUGUAAUGCUUUUGUCCCAGUCUUCCAUCUGGUCCCCUAGGGGAGUGUCCACCAGGUGGGAGACCUGCAUAAAUACCGGGCAGGUAGCCCACAGUAAAUCAGAUCGUUUUAUCCCUUCAUGAAGUCUCGACUCAUGUUUGGGGGAUUGGGAGUUAUAAUCACUUUGUUUCAGCGGGAUUUCGGGAGAAGCUGCAAGGAUCAUCGCUGCACGAAUAGAAGGAUCCUUUACAAGGAGUUAAAUCACUUUGUUUAUACAGCCCUAGUCACACCUCCCUGCAUGUGACUUGCACAGCCUUCCUAAACACUUCAUGUAAAGAGUCAUAUAAUGGUUACACUUUCUGUAUUAAAACGAUGUUUAACCACUCAAGGACACAGCUUCAAAAGCUUAUCUUACCCGUAAGGACACAAGCCAUUUUUGCAUAUUUUGCUGUUUGUGUUAAAACGCAACUUGUAUCUCAACCCUUGUCAUUUAUUGCAUCAACACAUAUUAUAUAACGUUUUUUUAGAAGGCAAACAGGGCUUUAAUUUUAUGUCACAUAUACACGGAUAAAUUCUCAUUAAUUGUAAAAAAAAUGCCAAAAAAAAAAAUAAAAUAUUUUUUUUCACAGUUUUGGCAAUAAUAAUGUGUGCAUAACAUGUCCAGUUUAGAAAAAGUAAUUAAAAAAAAAAAACAUUUAUGUGUCUUGAUUUAUAGCGUAUAUAAUAUGUAUAGGAUUUCAGCUUAUUUUGAAAGUUACAGGUCACAAAAUACAAGGACUAAAAUAAAUUUUUUAUGUGAAACAAUUUUAGAAGUUGGUAUGUUUGUCUUGUAGGUUUAGUAGCCACCACAGAAAACAAAUUUGCCACACAAAAGUAUAUAUUUAUAUAAAGUAGACAUCACAGCUAUUUACCUAGUGUUAGUUUGACACUUUUUAUGUAACCAUUUCAUCGCCAAUCUCUGUUAUAUAUGGAGUAAAAUUAUGUUUUUUUUCUCUAUUUUGGCAUAUACACAUAUAACAAGGUUUUUGUAAUGUGUAUUUCGUAAAGCUGGUGAGUGGGUGCUAUUCCUGCAUAGAACCCCAUAUUGUGUUUAGAUACAUCUGCUGAGUAUAACAAUACCCCCAUUGUAUGCUUUUGGCACUAUUCUGUGAAGCUACAAUGCUAUAUAAUAGACAAGGCUAUUUCUGUUUCUAUAGUUGGAAUGUUUAUAGAUGGAUUUGACGGGCCUAUGUCCCUAUGGCAUAUUUUGAACCUUAGGGUGGGAUAAUUUUUCCGCUAGCUUGUACCAAGUGUAGUGGUAAUAAGCAUUUUUUCUGCCUUUUUGACACACAAAGUGAGUUUGCACAGUAUAUUUUGCAAACCUUACGUGUGCUACGACUGUAUAAUACUUCAAAUGUUGCUAAGCUAUGUCGUCUGAGCACAGCAAUACCCUCGCAUGCACUUUUGCCAGGUAUAUGUGGAUGUUGAAGGGGCACAUUUGAGACGCAGCCAUUCAGUUUUUUUCUAACUUUAAAGUUUUACGCUGUGUCCAUGUUCUAUUUUGGAGUAGUUUAGCUGGCUGGUUAUUCAAACUUCCCCACUCACAUACUAUUUAUUAAAGAAUUCACCCAGGGGUAAUUCAAAAGGCAUAUUUUGAACCUUAGCAUGGGAUAAUUUUUUCACUAGUAUGUUCUAGGUGUAGUGGUAACAAACAUUUUUUUAAUGUAUUUUUUUACUUUUUAAAACUUUUUUUACUUUUUAAAACUCGUUUCUAAUUUUUUUUUUUAAUUAUUAAAAUUUUUAAACUUUCUUAACUCUUUUUACACUUUUAAAAUUUUAUAUAAACUCUUUUUCCCGUUAACCCCUAACUAGCAGUAAGCAUCACUAACAGUAAACUCCCCACUUACCCAUAACUCCCACCCACCCCAGCUAGCAAAAUAUAUAAUUUAAAAAUAUUUUAAUGAAUGAAUGAAAUAAAUUAAACCCCUGAGGGUUAAAAAAUAAAUAAAAGUUAAUCCUCUUGGGUAAAAAAAACUGAGAUGCCAGUAUAAUACUGUGAUCUUUAUUUUGAUCAAUGUAUGCAGUGAUCAACUGGCAGGUGAAUGGGUUAAUUUUUAUUUGGACUGGGUAUAGGGGGUUAGGAUUUUUUUAAUGUUUUUAAAUGUUAUUAAAACAUUUUUUUAAAGCUUUUUAAAAAAACAAAAAACUUUUUUAAUGUUAAUCCCUAGCUAGCCUAACACCAAAUUCCCCACUAACUUGCACCCACCCCAGCUAGCUAAAUCUAUAAUUUGAAAAUAUUUAAAUUAAUUAAUAAAAUAAAUAUAACCACUAAAGAUUGAAAAAAAGAAUUAACCCUCAGGGGUUUAAAAAAAAAAAAAAAAUCAGAUAAAAUGUAGUCCCUGCCAAUUGAUCACUAUAGUCAGUGAUCAAUUGGCAGGGAAGGGGUUAAUUUUUAUUGGGAUUUUAAACUAACUUUAUUUAUUUUUUUAUACAGGGAGAAGAUCCAUCUCCCUGUACUUCACACUGGAUGCAGAAGAGCAGGGAGGCAGAUCGUGAGUCCCUGUCAGAGCGAUAACAGCUGCAGGGACAGCGCGAUCGGGUGCUCCUGGUCUGCCUUGAAUACCGAGGCAGACCGGAGGAGUUUUAACCUCGCGAUUGCUGCAAUCUGGGGUUAACUUUAGUAAAUGACGAAAAUUUGCAGUCAAGGGUCUUAAACGCAAGGACAAGCUUGACGGAAAAUUUUGUCUUUGGUCGGGAAGGGGUUAACUUAGAAUUUCUUAUCUCCUGCUCUGUUAAUAGCUUUCUAGAUCCUGCAGGAGCCUCCUGUAUGUCAUUAAAGUUUAAAUUACAGAGCAGGAAAUAAAAACUUUUCAAGCAAGUUACAUCUGAUUGAAAAUGAAAAUAUUUAAUUUUCAUGCAGGUUGUGUGAGUCACAGACAGAGAAGGUGUGGCUAGGACUGCAUAAGCAGAAACAAAAGUGAUUUAACUCCUAAAUGGCAGAUAAUUGAGCAAUCAGACUGCAGGGGCAUAAUCUAUACACCAAAACUUGUUCAUUAAGCUACAGUUGUUUUGGUGACUAUAGUGUCCCUUUCUAAUUUGUGAAUUUUGCCAGUGUUUAGCAACACUCUAAAUAGAAUAUUCAAACUAAUCAUAUCAUUUGAUAAGCGUCAGGGUAGAUGUGAAAUGCGCACAAAGCCCUCUUAGGUAUUUAACCAAUUUUUUCAACUUUUUGCCCCCUCCCCCCCGCUUCCUGCAGGCACAGGGCUGAUUUUCUAUUUUGUGCAUUGGUGUUUUUUUUUAGUUUUUAGUUUUUUGGGGUUCGCACACUAUUUCUUAUUAUAUUGUUAUUUUAUGCCCUGUUGUUUAUAAGGGCUGCCGGCUAUUAUACAUGUCAUGCCACAAAUUCUGUCAUUAAUAAAGAUGCACUACUCAUUAACUAUCUUUUUUGUAUAUUAUGAAUGGCAGGGAGUGUGGACCUUUUGCAGCAAGGUGGUGAAACGCCAAAUAAUACAUCCAAAAUAAGCUAGCACUCUGGGUCAUUAAAAAAAAUACUCUUUAUUGUAAUACAAACCCAUUUCUGGUCAACUUUUUAGUUAAUUUCUUGAACUUUCAUCAGGACAUGUCCUGAUGAUAUAUUUUUUGUUUGUUUGUAUUUUUAUUUUUUUUUCCUCAGGUGUGCAUUCAUAAGACACCAGGAUACUUUUAGUGCUCAGAGUGUGCUGUAGUUAUUGAGUAUGAAAAAGAAACAAAACGAAAAAACAAAACAAGGAAUCAAUUAGAGUGAAAAACGAAGAAAGACGGAGUAAACCUGGGUAAAAUGUUUGUAAGAGAAGACAGUAAGAGAGAAGAGAUACUAAAAUGUGUUGUCAGGGCUGCCAUCAGGGGGUGAUAACCAUAAUAGUUAUCACGUGCCCAAAUUCCCUGGAGGGCCCGGCCGCUCAAGACCCACAUGUUGUGGCUGAACUGCCACCGGUGCAGCUGCACCAGAGUCCUACGCUGAUGGGGCUCAUUGGGUGGCCCACACACUCAGGGCCACCCGCUGGGCCCUAUAUCUUCAGGAGCCCAGUCAGCACGGCCGGUCACUUCCUCCUAGCUCACUCCACAUGGGAGGAGAGUCAGCAUGUAGGCCUUGAAGAGGGAAAGCCAUGCUGACUCCCAUCAGCCCCAGCCAUCCUCCUGCAAGGAAAAGGUAAGAAACAGGAGUGCGGCUGAAAAAUGAGCUGUGUGUGUCAGUCAGUAUGUAUGUCUUUAUGUCAGUAUGUAUGUAUAUCAGUAUGUAUGUCUGUAUGUUUGUAUGUCAGUAUGAAUGUAUGUCUGUUAUGUCAGUAUGUCUGUAUGUAUGUCAGUAUGCAUGUAUGUAUGUAUGUAUAUACGUAUGUCUGUCAGUAUGUAUGUCUGUAAGUCAGUAUGCAUGUAUGUCUGUAUGUCAGUAGGUCUGUAUGUCUGUAUAUAUGUAUGUCUGUCAGUAUGUAUGUCAGUAUGCAUGUAUGUCUGUAUGUAUGUAUGUCAGUAUGUAUGUCUGUGUCAGCAUGUAUGUCAGUAUGUAUGUCUGUAUGUCAGUAUGUGUGUAUGCCUGUCAGUAUGUAUGUCUGUAUGUCAGUAUGCAUGCAUGUCUGUAUGUAUGUAUGUAUAUAUGUAUGUAUGUCAGUAUGUAUGUAUGUCAGUAUGAAUGUAUGUCUGUAUAAAUCUAUUUCUGUAUGUAUGUAUGUGUGUGUAUGUAUGUAUGUGUGUGUGUGUAUGUAUGUGUGCGUGUGUGUGUCUGUAUGUCCUUAUGCAGGUGUUUGUGUGUGUGUGUGUCUGUAUGCAUGUUAGCAUGUGUCUGCGUGUCACUAUGUAUGCCUGUGUGUCUGUAUAUGUGUGUAUGUCUCAGUAUGUGUGUGUCAGUAUGUAUGCCUAUAUGUGUGCAUGUCUGUUUCAGUAUGUGUGUCUGUUAGUAUGUAUGUAUAUAUCUGUAUGUCAGUACGUGUGUAUCUUUGUGUGUGUGUAUCUGUGUCCUUUUUUAUCAGUGUGUGUGUUUGUGUCUGUGCGUGUAUUCCUGUGGGUGGGAUUUGGAGGUGGUCCCUGUGGGUGGGCUUGGAGACAAGCCCCGGGGGCCCAGACCCUGAGCUGAGUUCAGAUGGCUGUAUUGUUAUUGUAUCAUAUUUAAGCAAUUCAGUCAUGUGAAAAAUACUAGAAGAGAUUGCCUUACUAGGUCAAUCUAUGCACCAUAAACACUCUAGCAGUAUCUGGGUGCUUGGGAGAGCUCUAAUUUAUGUGAAGCUGCUCUCAUGUUGCCGAGGUAUAAACGUUGCAUAAAAUGUUCCCUUGAGACAGGUAUUUGAAGCUCUCUAAUACUAAUGUUAUUACGAAAGUACCAGGUAAAACAAAAUUACUUUAUGAAAACAGUAGAUAAAGCUGCUUUGGACCAAUCUUUUAACUUCUUUUGAUGCUGGUUUGAAGUUUAAAAUUGGUCCUUGGCAGAUAACUAAAAUUCUACUGCCAAAAGAGCACCAAAAACACCUGAUAGAUGCCCUCUCAGUUCCUCUCACAUGGCUGCUGGAGGAGAAAGGAACUUCAAAUAACAUUGCUCCUAUUUAUUUGUGAAUGUGUAACUUUUUCAUCCAUUCACUUGCCUAUAGUAAACAUUAUUUUAACUUGGUAGCUUUCUGGAAGAAAUCACAAGGCCCCAAAAGUGAUUGUGUCAUAUUAACUUCAGUAUGUUUGCAUUUGCUUGUGACAUUUUCUUCAGAAAUACUAGAUACUUAAUAAAUGAAGGACAACCCAAUAAUCAGUAACCAGUCAUUACCACGUCAGACCUUAUUAUUAUAUCCUUGUUUAGCUAUAUAUUAGUGAACUUUAUCAUAUCGAAAAUGCAUUCUACUUAAUGUAAAUAGUUAGCGUGGCUUACAAUGGUUAACAGCUGACAGAUUUUUGAUGUAUGACCAUACAUAUGGCCCAUGCUAAUAUAGAAAGGGAACUUUUUCCAGUAAUCUGACCUGAUCUUGUUUUCAGAUGACCCAUGUACUGUGAUGUACUAUGGAUAUGGUAUGUUGAUGAUCACUUGGCUUGCUUCCCCAAACUAGUGUAAUUGAUCCCUUUGGCCUUCAGCCAGCUUCAGAUUCCUUGGCCUCAUCUGUAAAAUUUAAGAAGGAAAUUGAAUCUAAAGGAAAACUUCCUUUUAGUUAUCCUCAUAUAGACUUUCAGAAGAGUAGCAAAUAGAAAUGUUGCUGUCAUUUUACUAGGUUACUAAAAUAGAUGUGUCACAUUGUAGUGUUCUUAUUAGUUAAUGUGUUGGUGGUAGAGUAAAAUAAAAUUUAAACUUCUGAAGUUGUAAAAUCAACAUAACUAUUUUACAAUCAAAUAUUAUUUAAACCAUUUCAGUAAGAUUUAUAGCCUUGGCAAAAAAAUAGAGCUGCUAGGUUUCCCAAGAGUGAUUAUCUUGUAACAACAUUAUCCAGAGUAAUCCAACCAUGACUCAAAGCCAAGAAUAUGUAGCCAAAUGGACUUCCUUUCAAGACACUUUUUAAAAAAAAAAAGUGCAGUGUACUUUUAUUGUAAAUAACAUUUUCACAAACGAUGGAGCCCGCUAACUUAUCAGUCACUUGUGUGAGUUGGCAAAUUGAAUCUUAAAAUCUAGAAAUAAGUUAAACAACUGUUUAAUUGAAGAAAAUAAAAAUCUAAUUCUGUUGUAAUAAUGUUUUUGGUAUCUUGGCAGAGUUAGCCUAUUUUUGUUUUUGCCUAUUUUUGCCUAUUUUUGUCACAUCAUAUAUGUAAACUUGCUACAGUUUAUUGAAUGAACAAGUGAUCGAGUAUACCUGAUAUAAUGUUUCAUAUUAAGUUUUCUCUUACAAACCAUGUUUAUUUUUAACCCAAUGGAAAUGUUUUAGUUCUAUUUUAACACCAUUAGCUAAUAUUUAGUAUAUACUGAUCAUGUAAUGAUGACUCUGAGAAACCAGUCUUAAACCUUGAGGUCAGGUCUCAUGACCCUGUUGACUGUAGAUUUCUUUAAAUAAGCACAGACAGUUAUUUCAUUAGCAGAGACAGAUCUGUCAAAUUUCCAUAGCUGACAGACCCUUCUGUGAUCACUUUAGGGUAACUUUAGGCUCCCAGUAGUAAGACAUUUUCUUUUUUCUUGUUGUCUGUGAUCUUAUUACUGGGAAAUGCCAUUUAAAGAAGGUCAGAACGGAAAAAGCAAUAAAUACAGAAAUAUAAUCAUUAACUGGUCUCAAAUGUUUCUAGUGGGAUUCUGCUAUGCACACAUACACAUACUCAUACUUGAGACAUGGGAAAUUGGAGGUGGGUAAAGUUUGUGAAAGUUAGUGCAUGAUAGAUCUCCUUUAUAUUUUUUUUUAAAUAUGUCUAAUGUCAGGGUGGUAUAAUGCCCUACCACUCUUAGCUGCACUAACAAACCAUAUGUAUAGAUGUCACCUGAUUUCACAAGAAUGCUUGCACAUCAAAGUUUGUUAAUGUUAAGGGAAAACUCUAUUUUCCUUUCUAAAUACUAUUUAAAUCGUUGCCCUCUUGUCUAUAAAGUGAAUAGUCCUCACCUCCUUAGACAUUGCAUGAUGACUUUGCAUUAAGAGCUGCAAAGAUAUGUUUUCACCACUACAAAUUAAAGGAACACUAUAGACACCCAGAUCACUUCAUAUCGAUGAAGUGGUCAGGGUGCCAUGUCCCUGUAGGUUUGCCAUUUUGUUGGAAGGCCAAAGUUUUCAAUGCAGGACUUGAGGGUGACUUCCCUGGGGACCAGUGGUGGCUCAGCCUGAUGGGAGUCAGAGUUCCUACUCUGACUCCAUCCUCUCUUACCUCCGCGCGGCUCCUGUUGUAAGCUGGGAUGAGUCAUGGGGCAGUCACUUCCUCCCAACUGUGAUGUCAUCAAAGAGGCCUGGUCGCGCUGUUAAAGCUCUGUAGCGCUGACCGGGCUCCCUGGAGAAGAUCUACAGAGUGCAGAUUUAUGCAAGUGCAGGGGCAUGAUGGAGGAGAAUUGGGUUUAGCUGAUAUAUUAAGAUUUUUGGAAAGAAGAUGGUGGCCUUAAAUGGGAAAAGGGCAAUAGGUGAAGUCAGAUAUAGAGCAGAAGUAAUAUGCAAAAUAUUAUCCAUGGCUAACACAAUUUCAUUUAGUAGUUCAGAAUUGCAAACUUAUAGUGUCCAUUGUUCAAACUAAGAAAGAAAAUAAGUUUUAUUAAUCAUAUAGAAGUUAUUAAAAACAAUUCUUCUGAAUAAAAUAUUACACAUGUGAAUCAAAGUCAAAACUAAACAAAAGUAUAAUAAAAGCAAAUUGUCCAUAAUUAAAAGUAAAAAAGAAAUGUCUAGUAACAUCACUAAUUAUAAUAAAUGUCACCUUCAGUACGUGUUCUGAUACAGCCAGGAAUCACCCUGGAACCCUCAGUGUUUCAGUUAUCUGGACCUUUUGAAGGUGACUGUUAGAGGGAAACUCUAGGCACCCAGGCCACUUUAGCUCAUUGAAGUGGUCUGGGUGCAAUGUACCAUGUCCCUUAACCCUACAGUGGUAAUUAGUUUCUGAGAAACUGCAAUAAUAACCUUGCAGCUUUAAAGCCACUAGAGGGACUUCCAGACAGCCACUAGAGGGACUUCAAGGUGCUUAGACAACUUUUGGUUGUCUAAAUGACACUGGACGUCCUCAGGCUAUGCAUCAGGACUUCCAGCGUUGAUCAAUGCUUUCCUAUGGGGAAAUCCUAAUGUGAGCAUAGCCAUUGCCGUGCAUGUGCAUUAAGAGCGUGGUGUGAGCCUGACACAGCGCGGAGGCACAUCGGCGCUGGAUUCAGGUAAGUGAUUGGAGCGGUUUUAACCACUUUAGCACCCGCGAGAGUGGGGUGGGUGUGCCGCAGGAGGAGGACACUGUAGGAUUUUAUAGUGCCAGGCAAAUGGCUUUGUUUUCCUGGCACUAGAGAAUCCCUUUGAGUCACAAAUGUUAGUGCUACAAGAUAUUAUUUUAGGAAAUAAGGAACAAAGAUAUGGGGAAAGUCAGAAAUAAAUAUUUAAUAACAAUUUCCUAUUUGGAAUAUAGAAUUUUAUUUUGAACCCUAAAUGAUAAAUCGCUAUAAAAGAAAGAGAGAGAGAGAGAGAGAGAGAGAGAGGGAGGGAGAAAGUAAUUGUAUUCUGUCAUACAGGGCACAAUAUUAAUUGCUAUCGUGCCAUGUGAAACUGACUGAGGACAUUACUUUAGGAUAUUAUAAUCUUUAUCCAUGUUCAUCUCUUUGCAAUUUAGUAAUUUGUAUUAUCAUUGGUCCAAAUUUUAACAUCUCUUCUAAAACCACUUUAGGAAGAAUGCGAACACUUGCUAACGUUUACUAUGAAAAAUUGAGUAGGAAAGGCAUGUAUUUGAAAACUUACAUACAUAAAUUGGUAAAUUAGCUGAUAUUAGCCUUUUUUAUUUAUAGACGUUAGACCCAGAUUACAUGCAAAUCAUGUCUUGGAGAAUCAGAAAAAUUGUACAUCUUUGUAUGAGGUGAAUAUAUAUAUAUAUAUUUUUUUUUUAUUAUUCACAAUAAUAUAUUGUCUAAAAACCUGAAGAAACCAAAAUAUUUAAAACAUACAUUAUGUAUACAUGAUAAGUAUUUUAGUAUUUAUAAAUUUUCAUAUAUAUACUCAUAUGAAUCAACACGUUCUGUACUUUCUGGCUUUGAAUAGUGUUGGCUUCUACUUAUAUAUAGAUAUCACCUUGUUCUUUCAAAAGCAUGUGUUCUCCAGAACAUCAUAAACCAUAGAAAUAAAUUACUGAUUGUGUCAAAGUCCAAAUAUUUGUUUGCUAAUUUUACACUGCAGUAAAGUAAUAUUUAAAAUGUGAAAUUAAAGUUUAUUUUUUAAGUGAAGAAAAGUGAGAUCAUAAAAAAGAGGCUAUUAUGAAAGUUACUGAAAAUGAUCUGGAUGAACAACUCCAGGAUUUGGGCAUCACUCGGUGCUCUUUCUUUGGGGACAGUGACAAAACCUGGACUGUCUGUGUCAUUUAAGUAUCGAGUUGGCAAACACUGCUUUAUGGCAAAAAAGAUACACUAUUUAACAAAAUUGUACUCUGAGAUAUAUAAAAAUGUGAUUUUGUUCUUUAUACACUUGGUGUAAUAACUUGAAGACUAACCAAAUACUGCAACUUUGACUUUAAUGUGUAUAUAAAGUCAUUCUGAUGCUAAAUGUAAAUACUAAAUGACUUUGUCUUUAAUUUGCUCUGUCUUUAACUCUUUGCUAAAAAUAUUGUUCUAAUUUACCUCUUCGUCACUGGGAUUGCUUGCCAACCUCUUGCCCUGUUACUAUGGCCCCUGGGAUGUAUUGCCCUUUAAAAGCUUUAUUUGGGCAUAUUGGAUAUUAAAACAAUUUUUCUGCCCCUUUAAAUCCAUGGGAAAAUGUGCCUCUUCCCCUCCCCCUUUUUCCUGUCCUAUUGUUUCUCCAGGGCGUUGUCCCAGGGACCAGUUUAACCCCUUAAGGACACAUGACAUGUGUGACAUAUCAUGAUUCCCUUUUAUUCCAGAGGUUUGGUCCUUAAGGGGUUAACUGGCUGCUUUGUCCCUCCUCGGUCUCCCUUCAGCCCUUGCUAUUUUCUGACCCACCCUUAUUUGUACUAUAGUGCACUUUUAAGAUUGGACAUAUUGAGCGCUCAGAUCCAAGCUACCUGGGGAUAUGUUGGACAGUGAUUUUUGAUGAUGUUGUUCACUCAGAUCAGGGCUAUCCAGAUAUGUAUUUGUGGGGAUAUGUUGUUGUUUUGGGGUGUUUCUGGACUUUGGGUAAAACUAGAUAUUUUCUGCCUGUGGUAAUUAGUCCAUUGUGUUUGGUAAUUGUAUCAUAGGCAGAGGGGAGGGUUUGUGUACAUUAGCUGGGAGUGUCUAACUGUACAUUACUGUGUUGAUUGGAUGUUGUGACUUUGUGUCCUGUGCUCCACAAGAUCCAUGUGGGUGGUAACCUUGUGGGGAAAACUGUAUAAAAGAAAUGCCUAUAUGCUCAUUAAACAGACUUGUUCUACCCUUCAUGAAGUCUUGGCUCAUGUUUGGGAGAUUGGACAACUGCACUCUGGGGAUUGCUAUAAUCUCUAUACUCCCCAGAGUAUAAUCACUAGCUCUUGUAAGAGCUGUUCCUGUUUCACUCUCUUGACUAAGGAGAGGUUCACCCACUGGAAGCUGGAGACUGGUCUUGGGUCCAGGGUGGGUGGAGGACGGCGAGACCCCAACCAAGCUUCGGCGGUUCGUGGGGUUUGCGGUGGUUAUGGUGUUGAGUGCGGUGCUGAUGAUCCUUGGUGAGCACUAGGAGCAUCGUUCGACGGAGGCACCCAGUCGGGGUGGCAGGCGGUCUGUUACAUUAUGAAACCAUGAAUGUUUACUUCCCAUUUUCACGGUACUAAUACAAUUCUGUGCAAUAUUCUAGACCUUAUGAUAAAUAUAUAGUUUAUUUACCAAUUGCUCAUAAAUAUUAUUAGAAUGAAGUCAAACAGUGUAAUUAAACAGAAAAAAAUAAAUUUGAGCCAUACAUUGCUUAUGUUCUAAGUGGUUUCUCUGGAUGUAAUGUAGUUUGCAAUAGCUGGUAAUUGUUAUAUUAAAAUGAAUAUACAAUAAAGAUAAUAGAGGCCAUCAGCGUUUAAUUGUUUAAUAUUGUUUAAUAUUUCCUAGCAAUGAUGGCCCUUUAAUAGAAAAUAACAAGUAUAAUAUAUGGUUUAGAAGGCCACAAAGACCAAUAUAUUUCUGUUAAAAACUGUUUUAGAGGCUGAAUAUAGAAGAAUGGAAUUAAAUUACCCGAGUUACUGUUGCAUGCAAUCUCUUUGGAAUCUGACUCUCUCUUGAGUGAAAUCUAUGGGAUUAAUAUAUCAUCUAAUUAAGAAAGUAAAGCUCUUCCCACUUUGUUAAGCUGUUUUACAUAUUUUUUACCUAUCCAGAUAGCAACACAACCUCUCUACAUGAUUCCAGAUGACAUACAGAGACACAAUUUUAAACUGAUAAAAAUCAAUCUGCCCUACAACCAUAUCUGCUAAACGGAAUACAUCUUUAAUUUAACAUGGUACUGAAACCAGCAGUUAUUUUUCAAUUAAUUCACUGUUAUAUCUCGAACCCAGCCACCUAUAUUUUGUGUAAGAAUUAGACGCAUCCUUUACUCCUUAUGUUAAGAUGUUUCUUAUUGUUGUAAUUAAAUGCAAGCAUAAGCUCUGUUUUUAUAAUACUAAUUGUAAAACAUUGCAUGUUUUCUUAUAGUAUUAUAACUGCAAUAUACCAGCAAUCAUUGCUGGGAUUUCGUCACUGCAAAUACAUACAUUUGUAGCUACAACAGGUAAUAUUUUCAGUUGAGAUAUUGCUAGCUCUGCAUAGUUCCUUUGUCAGUCUGCCCUCUUCCCAAAUAUCCUGUCAUAGAUUGAGAGACUUGUUUCCUAGUAACAAGGUAACAAGGAAGCAGGUUUUCAAAGUUCAAGAAAGACAAAAGCAACAGGUUCGAUUCUAUGUACCUCUACAUAUUUCAAUCUGACAAACUAUCCUUCAUAAGAGAAGAUUUGGAAAAUGUCUGUAUCAGCACCUGAUGUUAUGGUGUACGGUGCUGUACUGUAGCUAAUUUCUAAUUUCUUUACUUUCUGACUUAUCCCCAUUUCACUGACAUCUACUAAGAGCAUUUCACAUGGUAGCAGCUGGACAAUCCUUUGCAUUAUACAAUGGGGUCCUGGAUCAGUUAGUUCCAGGGUUUUGAACUUUGAAACUUUUCAGAAUGAAAGUAGUCUAGAGUCUUUUAACUCCUUAAGGACUGCAGACGUACUAGGUACAUGCGACAAAAAACGGUCCUACGUCCAUGGCAAAUAUAUUACUUACCUAAUUGCGCUGUUCCCCCAUCGGCGAUCGGUGUUGCUCCCGGUUUGGAGGCACUGCCUGGCAGCCCAGACAGUCCCCCUCAGCAAAUUAGCCCCAUGCGGGCCAUAUGAUCGCUCUGAAAGAGCGGUCACAUGUCCGCAAUAGGUGUCUUUGUAUCGGCCUGCAGGGGGACUGCCUGAAAAAAUAAAAAUAAUGUUUAGUAAAUUAAAAACAAUACAUGUGUAUGUAUAUAAUAUAUAAAUAUGGGCAUGCAGCCAUAGGUCGUCGGAUUGCUACCCAGGGCCGGGGCACCUUAUGGUGGCACCGCUGGAGCCGGUAGGCAGCCUUAGGCCCCCCCAGGCAGCAAUCCAGAGUAGGCACCUGCCUGUCCAAAACAGCAGGUGCCUUCUCUGCUUUCGUAUCAUUGGUGGGUGAGUGGGAUGAAGGAAUGCACGGGAGUACUGACUUAUGUGCGGUUCCAGCACUGCUCCCUCCAUGCCUUCCCCUGAUGCAGCUGGGAGACAGGAAAUGACUUCAAUCAGGAGCCGCCGCCUAAUUAACAUCAUUUCCUGUCUCCCGGCGGCAUUAGGAGAUGCUGGGGGAGAGGAGGAAUUGGGGAUGCUGGCGGGAGAAGGGGAGAGGAAGAGGAGAAUCCGGGAGAGAGAUGAGGAGGAGGAGAAUCUGGGAGAGAGGAGGAGGAGAUGCUGGGGGAGAAGGGGAGAGGAGGAGGAGGUGAUGCUAGGGGGAAGAGAAGAUGCUGGGGGAAGAAGGGGGUUACACUGUGGAUAGAGAAUGGAAAAGGAGGAGAUGCUGGGGGAGAAGGGGGGGAGGAGGAGGAGAUGCUGGAGGGAGAGGGGGAUACACUGUGGAUAGAGAACGGAAAAUGUUGGGGGGAGAGAGGAGGAGAAUUGGUUCAGACAACUGUAUGAGUUGUGUUUUCGAAACUUAAACCUCAAUAUUCAGGUUUAAUUUCCGUCUUGGCACUUUUAGGAAAAAAAAUUGGCAUGUAUUGCGGUUUGGGCACUCAGGCUCAAAAAGGUUCGCCAUCACUGCACUAGAGGAUUGACGUUCCUGGAACUACAGGUGAGCUAUUAUUACUCCUGAGAGAGGCUGCAUUAAAUUAGCCUCAACAUCACUCUAAUGUUUGGAAUAUAUAUUUGUGAAACAUUUAGUUUUUUUAAGGCUCCUUUUUAAAAUCAGUUGAAAAGUCAGAUACAGGCAAUCAUUAAAGAUUAGUAACUUAAUAGGGUAAUCAGAAAUCACUUUCACAAUAUAGUAAUAGUUUAUAUAACAAUACACAACCUGACUGUAAUAUUUAACAUAACAGAGAUUGUUCCAUUUUAAACAGUGAUGCAAAGACCUACCAAUAACUUGUAUUUAUCAUAGAAUGGUCAUCAGUGACAAAGACAUGCUGUGAAUAAUGCAUGUUUAUUUUUUCCUAUAUCGUAGAGUAACAAAUCUGUGAGCAAGCAUUAUAGGUAGUAAAAUGUUAAUGAACUAUCAUCUUCCUACUCUUAUCUACGUUUGCAUCCUUCAGAUUCUCCUGCAAUAUUAAACUAUUACUAUUAAAAAGGUCAUAGGCAGAAAAUGUUCUGCCGUUUUAGAACCAAGAUAUUUUGUUAGAACAUGAGCUCUACAUUGUGAGAUGCAUAAGGUGACAAACUUCACAAUUCAGGUUAUACUGGCGAAUAUGUAGUUCUCCAUAUGCAAUACAUUUAAAAAAAGGGCAUUAAUGAGUUUAUGCAUAUUUCUAAGUUCUCUUGUUAUUAUUAAUGGUAUGAAUAUAAAAAAAGCAAACUGGGUAGGUGAUUUCUGCUUUUGUGGACAAAUGAACCACUAGGUCUAGAAAUUGUAAAAGGGAUAAGAAACUAUUAUUGUGGUGGUGUGUUUCCACAUGCUUCUGGUCAUGAUUAUAACUAUGAAGCAAUAAAGGUACUGUUUUUUACUUCAAUUUUGCACUUUUUUUACUUUUUUGUUCUCUCAGUAGUUUUUUGGCUGAAUUAUGUAAAAUUUCUAGUUCCCUAGUGUCCCGCUUUUGGGUCUGCACUGAAUAAAUAUAAAGCUAGAAACCCUAUUAAGAUUAUUAUACAAUAUUAUUAAAGGGACACUAUAUUCAAACAACUUUAGCUUAAUGAAGAAGUGUUGGUGCAUAGCUCAUGCCCCUGUUGUCUCACUGCUCAAUUCCCUUACAUUAGAAGUUAAAUCACUUUGUUUUUGCAGCCCUAGUCACACCUCGCUGCACAUGACUUACACUGUCUUCCUAAACACUUCAUGUAAAGAGUCAUCUAAUGUUUAUACUUCCUUUAUGGCAAAUCCUGUUUAAAAUGUCUUAUUUCCUGCUCUGUUAAUAGCUUGCUAUACCCUGCAGGAGCCUCCUGUUCAUAAUUAAAGUUCAAUUUAAAGGGCAGGAGAUAAAAACAUUUAAAGCAAGUUACAUUUGAAACCAUUUUGUGUCCAUACAGGUUGUGUCAGUCACAGCCACGGGAAGUUUGUUGUUAGGGGAAAUAAAAGGGAUUUAACUCCUAAGUGGCAAUUAAUUGAGCAGGGAAACUUCAGAGGCAUGAUCUACACACAAAAAUUGCUUUAUUAACCUAAAGGGAUCUUGGUGUCUAUAGUGUCACUGUAAAUAAUUAAGACACUUUAAUUUUUUUAACAGUUUUUGUAAUAUUCGUCUUGCAUAAUGUGACCUUGACAAUUUUAUGGUAUUAUUAUGUUGUUAUUUAUAUAGCACCAACAAAUUCCACAGCACUUUACAGUGGGUGGACAAACAAACAUGUAGUUGUAACCAAACAAGUUGGACACACAGGAACAGAGGGGUUGAGGGGCCUGCUCAAUGAGCUUACAUGCUAGAGGGAGUGGGAUAAAGUGACACAAAAGGUAAGGAUAGUAAUAGACUAAUGACAGUUGCAAGAGAGGAAUCAGUCAGGAGCUAUUAACAGUUUAAUUGAUACGCUUUUAUGAAGAAGUUUGUUUUUAAUGAUAUUUUUAAGGAGUGGAGACAGGGUGAGCAUCUAACGGAGGAGGGAAGUGAGUCCCGCAGGAACGGUGCAACCCUCGGGAAGUCUUGAAGGCGAGCAUCAGAGGUGGGAGUACGGACAGAAGCUAGACAUAAGUCUUCAGCAGAGCGUAAGGGUCUAGACAGGUCAUACUUGUGUAUUAGGGAGGAUAGAUAGGUGGGAUCAGCAUUAUGUAGAGAUUUGAACGCAAGAACCAGAAAUUUAAGUUGGGCUGUAUAUCUUACAGGAAGUCAAUGUAGGAAUUGACAGAAGGGUGAGGCGUGGGAGGUGUGGGUGGACAGAAAGAUGAGCCUCGCCGCCACAUUCAUUAUGCACUGUAACAGUACAAGUUGGGAGCACGUAAGACCACUGAGAAGCGGAUUACAGUAGUCAAGGCGAGGAAGGAUAAUGGAAUGGACCAGCACCUUAGUUGCAUCUGGCGUUAAGUAGGGUCAGAUGCGCGCAAUGUUUUUGAGAUGGAAGCGGCAGGAUUUGGCAAUACACUGAACAUGAGGCGUGAAGGAGAGAUCAGAGUCCAAGAGAACACCUAGGCAGCGAGCCUGCAUGGUGGAGCUGUUGGUAGCACCGUUUACUUGGAGGGAGACAGACACAGGAGUAGCAACACUUGAGGGAAGAAAGACCAGAAUUUCAGUUUUGGUCAAGUUGAGUUUAAGGAAGUGGGCAGCCAUCCAGUUAGAAAUAGCAAAGAGGCAGUCAGAGACACUAGUCAAGAGGGAUGGCGAGAGAUCAGGAGAUAUUGGAAGCAAAUUAUAUUGGAAGCCAAAGGAGCUAAUGAGUUUACCAAGUGAGGCAGGAUAGAUGGAAAACAGUAAGGGACCAAGGACUGAACCUUGGGGGACACCAACGGAGAGAAGUUGGGGAGAAGAAGCAGAGCCAGAGAAAGAAACACUGAAAGAGCGCUGGGAGAGGUAGAAGGAGCACCAGGAGAGAGCAAUAUAGUGUAGACCAAUAUUGCGGAGGAUGAGAAGAAGCUGUUGAUGAUCAAUAAUGUCAAAAGCCGCAGAAAGGUCAAGGAGAAUUAGGAUAGAGUAGUGACCAUAAGAUUUAGCAGCGAGUAGAUCAUUGGAUACUUUGGUCAGUGCCGUUUCCAUAGAGUGCUUAGCACGGAAACCAGACUGAAGCAGGUCUAGCAGAGAGUUGGACUCGGGGAAGUCUGUCAAUCUCGCAUUCACAACUCUUUCAAGGACCUUGGAUGCAGAGGCAGUAGCAAGAUAGGACGGUAGUUGGAUGGGGAGUUAGGUUAAAGGUUGGGCUUCUUUAGAAUUGGGGUUAUAGUUGCAUGUUUGAAGGGCGAUGGAAAUAUGCCAGAGGAGAGAGAGAGAUUGAGAAUUUUAGUGAGAGGUAGAGAAAGAGAAGAAGACAGAGUAUGGAUGAGAUGUGAGGAAAUUGGAUCCAGGGAGCAGGUGGUGGGGCAGGAGGACUGGAGCAUAGCAGAAACCUCUUCCACUGUAGCGGGUGCGAAUGAACAUAGAACAGCAGAGGGAGUGAGGUUAGGGGAAGUAUUGUAAGGGGAAGAAGAAAGAUGAGAUAUCUCUUCCCUGAUUGUGUAGAUCUUGUCAGUGAAGUGAGUUGCAAAGUCUGAGGCAGUCAAGCUAGUUGUGGAGAAGGAACAAUAGGACAAAGAAGAGAGUUAGUUGUGUAAAAUAGUCGUUUGGGUUCGCAGGAGAGAGUGGUUAUGAGGGUAUUGAAAUAAUUUACUUUUGCAGAGGAAAAAGAAAGGCUGUAUGAGCACAGCAUAAAUUUAUAGUGGAGAAAGUCAGAUGCCCAGUGAGAUUAACUCCAACAGCGUUCAGCAGUUCUGGAGCAUUUUUGGAGGUAUCGAGUCUGCUUGGUGUGCCAAGGUUGUUGUCAGGGGCGCUUGCUGCAUUUAAAUGUAGGAGGUGCCAUGAUGUCUAGUUGAGAGGAGAGGGUGGAAUUGUAGAAGGAGGUUGCAGAGCUAGGACAGGUGAAGUUUGAGAUAGGUAAAAGGAGAGUUUGGAGAUUAGUGGAGAAAUGCUCUAGGUCAAGACAUUUGAGGUUUCUGUGAGAUUGAUGUUCAGACAGUGGUGUCAAUUGGGUCUUAGGGAUGCCAAUGUCAAAAGUCAGCAGAUAGAGGAAAAGGAAUAUUGAAGAGAUAAGAGGUGGUAUAGAGAUUGGUGAAAGCGAGAUCAAGAGUGUUUCUCAAUGUAUGGGUUGCUAAAUUGGAGCAUUGCGUAAGGCCAAAGAAGGAGGUUACAGAGAGCAGACGAGAGGCAUCAUUGCAUUUGGGGUUGUUGAUUGGGAUAUUGAAAUCCCCAAGUAUAAGGGAAGGAGUGCUAGAUGAGAGGAAGUGGGGAAGCCAGUAAAGUGCUCAAUGAACAGCCUAGGUUGACCAGUAAUGGCGGGGUGGGUGGAGGGGGCGGUAGAUGGCAGCAAUUCUUAAAGGAGUAGGUUUAAAUAGGCGUACAGUGUGAACUUCAAAGGAAGUAAAGGAUAGGGCAGGGGGUGUUAUAAAUAGUUGAAAGGUACACUGAGAGGAGAGAAGGAUGCCUGCACCACCUCCUUUACAGUUGAGUCUGGGAGUGUGAGAGAAUUGUAGCCCACCAAAACAUAAAGAGUCAGGAGUAGCGCUAUCAGAGGGGGACAGCCAGGUCUCUGUAAGUGUGAGUGAGUUUGACAUGGAUUCAUGGAGCAGUUGGGGUCUAUCCACUAAACAUUAUCUUUCCAACUAAUCUUUGAAGAAAAGCUAGUUUAAAAAAAAAAGAAGUUUAAGUCUGGUCACUAAGGACACUAAUAGCUGAGUAUGGAAAAGUUGAUGAUCAUCUAUCUAAAUUUUUAACAGCCCCUGACACCACAUUUAAUUACUUUUUUUUUUAUAAAGUCAGGAGAAUACCAAUAUAUAUAAUUGCAAUUUCAAUUUAUUUCAAUAGGCAGAUCAUGUUCUCUAUUAUCAUAAUAUUACAUAAUUUAAUAUUUAAUUUGAACAUAUAUAUCCUAGUCUGUAUGGGAUUAAUGGGAAGUACCUGCAGCUAUAUUAAAGGGACACUAUAGUCACCAAAACAACUUUAGCUUAAUGAAGCAGUUUUGUUGUAUAGAUCAUGCCACUGCAUUCUUACUGCUCAAUUAUCUGCUAUUUAGGAGUUAAAUCACUUUGUUUAUGGACCCUAGUCACAUCUCCCUGCAUGUGACUUGCACAGCCUUCCUAAAUAUUUCCUGUAAAGAGUCAUCUAAAGUUUAUACUUCCUUUAUUGCAAGUUCGGUUUAAUUUCGAUUUUCUUAUCCCCUGCAAGAGCCUCCUGUAUGUGAUUAAAGUUCAAUUUAUAGAAAAAGAGAUACAAUUGUUUAAGGUAAAUUACAUCUGAUUGAAAGUGAAACCAGAUCCUAGAUCCUGCAAGAGUCUCCUGUAUGUGAUUAAAGUUAAAUUUAUAGAGAAAGAGAUACAGUAAAUUGCAUCUGAUUGAAAGUGAAACCAGUUUUUUUUUCAUGCAGGCUGUGUCAAUCAGAGCCAAGAGAGGUGUGACAAGGGCUGCAUAAACAGAAACAAAAUUAUUUAACUCCUAAAUGGCAGGAAAUUGAGCAGUAAAACUUGAGAAGCAUGAUCAUCACACAAAAGCUGCUUUCUUUAAGCUAAAGUUGUUUAGGCAACUAUAGUGUUCCUUUAAUAAUGACAAUAGAAAUACCUGUAACUCCCACUAACUUCCCAAUGUUCCAGUGGUAGUGUUAUAGUCAAGUUCUCCGCUUUAUCUCUUACACUACUCUUUCAAACUACACUACACAUUAUGCAUUUACUCCUACACUAUACUAAACUAUCACUAAACAUUAAUCAUUGCACUACACUAUUACUAAACAUUAACCCCUACAUUAUAUUACACUAAACAUUAACCCUUACACUACAGUAACACUAAACAUUAACCCCUACAUUAUAUUACACUAAACAUUAACCCUUACACUACAGUAACACUAAACAUUAACCCCUACACUACAGUAACACUAAACAUUAAUCCUUACACUUCAGUAACAGAUAGUUGUCUCACUAUUGUUCAAAUUAUGUCCAGUGCAUCUACACCACCAUGAAUAGUGGUGUGGGUGCAACACAAGAGGUGGUUGUCACUGAUUAGUAGGUUAGCGAGAGGACUAGCUCUCACGUUGGCUUCAUUUUAAUAUUAUUAUAUAAGCUUUCCAAAUAUUUUAUAUAAUUGGAUAGACUUUAAAUUGGUUUCAUAUUAUUAAAACUGUUCUAUCUUUGUGCUGGCUAGUUUUUGAUAUAUUAAUAUAGUUUUUAUGUAUGAUAUAUUAUUAUAUUAUUUAAAAAAAAAACAUUUUAAAAGUGUAAAAUAUUAAAUCAUUUGUAAAGCUUAACCAACCAUAUAAAAUCAAGGUUUUGUUUUCUAAGGGUGAAUAGAGGCAAUAUCUACAUUGCUCACAUACCUUAUAUGGUGUAAGUACGCUGAAUCAAUCCUAUAAUUUGAUAGAGCAAAAUACCAGAAUACCUGGGCAUCAAAGACUCUAGUAUUAAAAUACAUUAUUCUACAUAUUUUUCAUAUGGAUAUUUUUGGGUGGUAUGGAUAUCAUGCACUAUUACUGACAGAGAUUAUUAAUUCAAAUGGCAAAUGACAGAGGCAAUUCAAGUUGGCCAUGGAAUUAGGCACUUUCUCUCUGAGAAUAUUCCAUUGCUGCCUUUUUCAAUAGUUAAAACCAAUUAUCAUACGUGGUGUUGAAAUGGGUGGUACCCUAAAUUGGAACAUCUAUGGUUACUAGGAAUUAAGGAGUAAACAUAUCUUUUUAAGCUUUCAAACCAAUAGAAAUGUGGGAUGUGAGCAUAACUGUAAAUGUUCCUCUGAGUUAGUAGAGGACAUGGAGGUCUCUUUCUUUUUUAGAUUAAAUUAGAACUGAAAUGCCAGAAAGUCAAUUCUUUGUGCCUUUAAGAGCAGCCAACUAGAUAACUCAGACCUGAACAACUGAUCUCAGAUGUUGAGUGCAACUCAGUACUUAGUAAGUAGCAGAUAUGCUUUAUGAGGCUUAUAGUUAAACAUUCAUGUAGGUCCCUACUGUUCACAAGGGAAAGCAGAGAGAACAGGGUUAAUCAAGAAUUGUAGUUAAUCUAUUUGUGUGGGUUGUGUGAUAAGGAAUUUGGUGAAAUUUCCAUAAUAGGAUGUUUAAAUAAAUCAUGUGUGCACAUGCAGUCUUAAAUUAGAGGGGCAAAGGUUUAAAAAUAAUAUCAGGAAGUAUUACUUUACUGAGAGGGUAGUGGAUGCAUGGAAUAGCCUCCCAGCUGAAGUGGUAGAGGUUAAUACAGUGAAGCAGUUUAAGCAUGCGUGGGAUAGACAUAAGGCUAUCUUAGAUAUAAGAGACUAAUGAAAGUAUUUUAGAAAAUUGGGCAGACUAGAUGGGCCGAAUGGUUCUUAUCUGCCGUCACAUUCUAUGUUUCUAUGUUUCUAUGUUUCUAUUCUAUGACUUGAGGGUUAGGAAUUAACCCACUCAAAUGAAUCAGUUUUAUACAAAGCUUUUUUUAGCCUUGAAGUAAAAGUCGUUUAAAAACGAUUGUAACCAGAAUGCAUAUUGAUGCAUGUUUCUCAUUACACUUUUUUUCACUGAGAAAUAAACCAGAAUACAAUGCUUAUUGCUUAGGAAAGAUCCUGGUGUGGACCUUACUUACUCUCCUUGUUCCUGGUCUAGGAAUAAUUAAGCCUAUAACUAAUAAGCACAAUGCUAAACUUGUUACGCAUGGCAAGUGAUUUUUCAACUAAUACCCAAGUUAAAAUAAGAGACUUGCCUUCCUUUUCUUUUUUCUCAUGAGAGAAUGUAAAAUUCUUGGACACAAUUGUACUUUGUGGGCUUGAUCAUAGGUUUGAAAAUUAUGAGUUCAGACUUUAUUCAUAAUAUGAAUAAUAUUAACUAUGCUGAAAUAAUUUACAAGAAAAGAAAACAAAGUUUUAACAAUGGUGCUACUCUCAGGUUACUGAAAUUUUGGUGCACAUUCAGAUUUAACAAAUAAACAAAAAACAAACAAACAAACAAACAAACAGCACAUAUAUAAUGCUGUUUAAUUUCUAUAUUUUCAUUUAAAAUACAUUAUGUAAAAACAAAACAUUGGGGGAUCUAUACAGGUAUCUUUUUAAAUAUACAAUACAUGUAUAUGAUAUUAUUUGCCAUGCACUUAACUAAUACAUAAUUUUAUAUAAAAUUAGAUCUGUUAUUAGGACAUUUUAUCCUAUCUCUGUGACUUGCAGUAUAGUGCUUUUAAUACUAAUAACAUAAUCAUGUAUCUCUUUACAGAAGCCUUUAUUUUGAGCAAAGAAAUAUUGGUUGAUUUACAAUGCAAUUGACUUUGUAUGUUCCUUUUCCGUAUUCCCUUGUUGUGAACCAAAACAAUUGAAUUCACUGGCAUUUCUUUAACCCCUUAAGGACCAAACUUCUGGAAUAAAAGGGAAUCAUGACAUGUCACAUAUGUCAUGUGUCCUUAAGGGGUUAAAAAAAAGGAAAAAUUUAUUUUCAGACUGAAUUGGCGUAAUUUUGUCCAUUCGCAUUUUAAGUUCUAAAAUAUGGCAAGACUUGUAUUACAGCCAGCAUUUUGUACUAACGCUUAGAAAUCAAGCAUAAUGUCUUAAACUUUUAAUUCCGAAUUAUAUUACAAGCAUUUGUUGAACAGGUUGAACAUGAUGACAAAAUGGAUGGAAAUAUAAACAGUGCAAUUCAAGAUAUGCAUAGAAUAUGUAAUAACAGUCGUUAUGUUGAAAUAUCUCUCUUAGAAAUCCAAAUGGGGCACAGUCUCAGGAAAACAGAUGGCCUGUCUUCACGGUCGAUGAGCAGUCUUACCUUAUUUUAGACACAGAAGACUCAAAGACAGAUCGUAAAAUGCGUGCCAAGCAGUGCAGAUUCUGGAACAAAUUUUAUCCCAAAGUCCUACAAAUAACAGGUAAAGAAACUAAAUUAAAAAGUUGUAAAGAAAAACUGUCAGCUUUGCAAAAUGAGUAUAUUUCAUAGAAUGGGAAAUAUCCCAUGAAUAUAUAUCUUUUGUUUAUAUCACUACCCUUGCUUCUUUUUAUUUAUUAGAAAAUAUCAUUUUUUUUCACUAAAAAAGCAAGUACUGCCAUAAUUUAGAAAAUUGUAUUUGAAACUGAAGGUCAAAAUAGCUAAACUGUAAAAAUUCUCCCAGUCAGCUAUGUUUUCAGUUUGGCUAUUUAGGUCAUUAAUUUGAAAUUUACUUUUAAUUCACUUUGAAUUCUCUUCAAUUCUCACUUUAGUGAAUAACCCUGUAUAUAUUUUUUAAAAUGUUUGAUUGGAGCAACACAAUGAACACAGAUGUCUAUCAGGGUUAUUCAUAAAAGUGAGAAUUGUAGAGAAACUUGGAGAAUCUUUCCAGUUUGACAAUUUUUUUCAGUAAGUUUAAAUUCCUGACAAUUCUCACUUUUGAGAAUUACCCUCUGAAACAAAUGUGUAUAUGUCCCCACAUUAGGACGCCUGCCUAUAUUUAUUAAUAUAAACAGAUAGAUAGCAUCUAUCUAUCUAUUUCACUUUUCCUUUUUAUUAAAAGUCAAUUAUGACAGGAUUAGAGCUAAUGUGAAAUCAAUAUUUUCUUUUUCACUCUCAGCUGUAAUUGAAAAUUGUAGUUGUAAUGACUGACUUGAAAUGUACCCUACAUGCACAGAACAUGCUAAUUGAAAAAAAAAAGAGGUUAUCACCACUAAACUAAAAGGAACACUCACGAGGAGUAUUGGUAGGGAUUGCUGACCCAAGUGGGCCCCCGGAAAGCCAUGGGUCUAAAUAUUGCCAUUUGUAACUGUGAGCCCAGAGUCCUCUGUUCUGUACCUGGCUAGAACAGGGGACCCAAGGCUAACAGUAAUGAAUGGCAAAAUACCAAGAAAAAAAUGGGGGUUAGAGGGGAGCUAAGAGUGCCUCCCAUGAGCUGUGACUGUUGAAUGCAUUGCUGCACAUUACUACAGCAACGCUCUGAACAUCAGAGCUUGCAAGAUAAACCCAUAUUACCUUCAUCGGGAUGAGGUGCAGUGCAGAUACACUGGACCACCAGGGAAAGGGAGCAAAAGGCUAAGGGCCACAAUGUGUGCGUGUAUGUGUAAACGAUUGUAGAUGUAUCUGUGUGAGUGUGUAUCUAUAAGAGUAUAUGUGUGUAUUUGUGUAACAGUGUGUGUAUCUGUGUAUAUGUGUUUGAGUGUCUAUAAGUUUUAUAUUGUAUGCAUAUGUGUAACAGUUUAUGUGUAUCUACAAGUCUAUAAGUGUCUAUAUUUGUAAUAAUGUGUAUUUGUGAACAUAUUGUAUCUGUGAGUGUUUGAGUUUGUAUAUGUGUAAUAUUAUAGGUAUUUAUGUAACAGUGUAUAUGUAUCUGUGAGCAUGAGCAACAGUUUGUGUGUAUCUGUGAGUGUAUAAGUGUGUAUAUGUGUAAUUUUGUGUGUAGAUGUGCAACAGUAUGUGUGUGUAUCUGACAGUAUGUGUUACAGUUUGUAUGAAUCUAAAUGUGUGUGUGUAUAUGUUUAACAGUGUGUGUGUUUUUAUCUGUAACAUUGCUUGUUUGUGAGCCAGUAAGAGCAUGUCCAUCACAGUGUGCCAGCUGCCACUUUACUAUAUACAUAUAUAUUAUAUUACGGAGGAGUGUGGAGCAAGCAUUGGGUGGAGAUUGGGCAGGUCUUUUCAACCCCGGGUCUCUUACAUGCGUAGCAAUGCACCUGUUGGUCACCAAUACAACUUUUAAUGCAUUUAAUAGGUUUUGGUCUCAUUAAUAUGCUGUAUUUUUUGAAUGCUCAAAUCUUUAUAGGCUUUGCACAAAAAAAUGUUUAGCAGAAUGCUGUACCAUAGACAUGCCCUCUAACACCGGAAACAUUAUUCCUUAUUAGUCCAUAUUAGGGCCGGACUGGGAAAAAAAUUAGGCCCGGGCAUUUUCCAAUCAGAGCAGCCCCCUAAGAAGGGGGCGGGGCCAGAGAGGGUGUGUUUUGUCAUCACUAAUUACAAGCACGCCCGCUCUCAAAGUGAGCAUGUUGGUUCAAUGCUUAGAGCCCCGCUGAAGAACUCUGGCAUUAGAAAAAGGCCCUGUAUUUGAUCUGCGUAGCGCAAGCAAAUUUAUUAACAUGCUUGCGCUGUGUUUGCUUUUAAAUUGUCUCUGGUGUCUCCACAAGUGGGAUACCAGAAGACAAAAGGGCCAGGAAAGUGUAUGGUGCAUGUGUUUGAAACCUGCUUGUGGGAUUGCAUGUGUGUAGAGGGUGGUGUGGUAUUUUGUAAAUAGGUCAAUUUCGUUUGUGUUUGUGGUGUAAUAUGUAUGGCUAGGGGCUGUAGAGAGUGUUUGUAUAGGGGGCAUAGUGUUAUAGGGUAUGUAGCAAGUGUGUGUAUACAGGCUGUAGUGUGUGUGUGUGUAUAGGUGACGUAGUGUGUGUAGGGGUUGUAGAGAGGGUGUGUUUAGAGAAUGUUGUAUGUGUUUGCUGACAAGGAAUGUAGUGUGUGUGUAGGUGGUGCAGUGUGUGUGUGUGUGUGUGUAGGAGAUCUAGUGUGUAAAGGACCCUGAGUGUGUAUAGGAGAUUGUGUGUGUGUGUGUAGAGGAUUAAGAGUGCAUAUAGGGUAAGGGAUGUAGCGUUUAUCUGGAGCGUAAUGUGUGUAGUGGUGCAGUGUGAGGGGUGCUGUAGUGUGUGUGUGUGUAUACAUAUAUAUAUAUAUAUAUAUUUGGACGUAUUGUAUGUGUGAGGGGCGCAGUGUGUGUGUAUGUAAGAGGGGUGCUGUGUGUGAGGGUGUUUUUAUCUGCCGUCACAUUCUAGGUUUCUAAUUUUCUUUGUUAACUCACUGAGGGUUAUUUUAUAUAUAUUAUAUAUAUAUAUAUAUAUAUAUAUAUAUAUAUAUGUGUGUGUGGGAGUGUGCUGUGUGUGUGAGUGAGGGUGCUGUGUGUCUGAGGUUUCGCUGUGUGUGUCUGAGGUUUCGCUGUGUGUGUCUGAGGGUGCGCUGUGUGUGUCUGAGGGUGCUGUGUGUGUCUGAGUGCGCUGUGUGUGUCUGAGGGUGCUGUGUGUGUGUCUGGGGUUGCUGUGUGUGUGUCUGGGGGUGCUGUGUGUGUGUCUGGAGUUGCUGUGUGUGUGUCUGGGGUUGCUGUGUGUGUGUCUGAAAGCUGUGUGCUGUGUGUGUCUGAGGGUGGUGUGUGUCUGGGGCUGUGUAUGUGUCUGGGGUGCUGUGUGUCUGGGGUUGCUGUGUGUGUGUGUCUGGGGUUGCUGUGUGUAUCUGGGGGUGCUGUGUGUGUGUGUCUGGAGGUGCUGUGUGUGUCUGGGGGUGCUGUGUGUGUCUGGGUGCUGUGUGUGUCUGAGGUGCUGUGUGUGUGUCUGGGGUUGCUGUGUUAGUGUCUGUCUGUGUGUGUUCUGCUGCUGUGUGUGUCUGGGGUGCUGUGUGUCUGUGUGUCUGGAGUUGCUGUCUGUGUGUCUGGUGGUGCUGUGUGUGUGUGUCUGGGGUGUGCUGUGUGUGUCUGAGGGUGUGUGUGUGUCUGGGGUGCUGUGUGUGUCUGGGCUGCUGUGUGUGUGUGUCUGGAGGUGCUGUGUGUGUGUCUGAGGGUGCUGUGUGUGUGUCUGGGGUUGCUGUGUUUGUGUCUGGGGGUGCUGUGUGUGUCUGGGGUUGCUGUGUGUGUGUCUGGGGGUGCUGUGUGUGUGUCUGGGUGAUGUGUGUGUGUCUGGGGGUGCUGUGUGUGUGUCUGGGGUUGCUGUGUGUGUCUGGGGGUGCUGUAUGUUUUCUGCUGUUUUAUUUGUCUCAAUUUUCCACUGUAUACCAAUUCCACCUAUGUUCUAAUUUAUAUGAACUUUGCUAAUUUUUACCCAAAGGUCAUAUUCUAUAAGAAAAGUUUUAGGAUUUACCUAAUCAUUGAUUUCCAUAGGUAUGGUUUUGCAAGGUCACACUAUUUUAAUUAAAGGUGGAACUGAAGAGACUAAUCAUACUUCAUUAAUGACAGAAUUGUUUAUGUCUAAGGUAGUCAUUUCACAAAGAUUGAUGAGGUCAGUGUUAAUAAGAUGCAUGCACUUGUAAUUUGAUUUCUGUGACCUUAUCACUAAAAAAGUAAACAUGUGCCAACAAUAUAUCACAUACAAUGUCCUUCUAAUGCCUUUCAUAUUCUGAAUUCCUCAAAGGAAUGGAUGUGCUAUAUUGGAUUGAAUUUCAAUGUAAUUAAUUAGAUCAAUUAUGUUUGGUGCAUAUGUUCAAAGAUGUGUUUUUCUGUUGUCACUGUUGUUGUUAUUAUUAUGGGUUAGUUUAUUGUAUUACAUGUCCUUGGACAUAGAACAAGGCAGUUGUAAGGAACUGUCAAUAAUAAUGAAUUUUGGCAUGAUAUAGCAAAUGCUAAUAAGUGCUACUUUGCAAAACUGUAAAGGAUGUAGGCCUAAAAGAUAUUAGGUUUUUAUUCCUUCUUCCUGCUUUCAUUGGUGACAUCGAAAACAAAAAUCAGUGAGCAGCAACCAUUGGCCGCUUAUAACAAGUUAAUGUAUGGCUGCUUCUAGUAAAAAGUUACACUUCAACUGAUAUCAGAAUACUAAGAAAACAGAACAAAGACCAAUUUAAACUGUAAGGGAUAAUUGAGAAGUACCAACAUGAAAAUAUGACUAUUGCCAGUCCAGUUGAUCAAAUCAGCAUAUGUUAAUUAACACUGCAACAUGUCAAAAGUAUUUUUUUCCAGAUUUAACACCUUCACUAUCGAGUUAAUUGGAAAAAGUACAAUGUAUACAAAAGAUUUUGCUGUUUUCAAUGGUAUAUAAAAUUAUAAAUAAUAAAACUAGAAAAGCUACAAUUUCUGUGGAAAUUGUGUGAAGUGUUCUUGCCUCCACCAGUAGUCAACAACUGGAGUGGGCGGAGUUACUGGGUGGAGUGGCUUGAGUAACUGUUGUGUGGUUGGAUUGGCUGGAGUAACUGUGGAAAGGUUGGACUGGGCAGAGUAACUGUGUGGAGUGUUUGGAGUGAGUAAAGAUAGUACACAUUACACUAACCAAUUGAUUUAUCAAAUUUAAAAAGUGCACAUGGCAAGCUUGAUAGAGUGAGAAAUGCAUUUCAACUUUUAUUUAUUUAUAUAGCACAUUUAAUUGCAACGUUGUUACUCAAAGUGCUUCACAGUUACAUUAAACCAUACAUUUAUAAAAACAUUAGCAGGUGUACAAAAGGCCCUGUCUAUGACAUCACUUGCUGCUCCAGCCUGGCACAGGUCAGAGUAUUUUGGCGGUUGCCAUUUUCAAAUGGUCGUAUUUUAAAAACUAUAAAUCCUACAGCGAAGAGCUUUAUAUUGUGAGAAUAUAUUGUGAGACCCAGACCUACAUUUUGAUGCAUAGUAUGUCUCUGAAAUAUAAAAAAUGAAGGCACAGUCGCAGUUUAGAAAUUGCCCUUCACAUUUUAGCUGGCUAGAGUGGAGUUUCAAUGAAUGUCAAUGGACAGCGUGAGUUGCAAACAAAUGGUCAUAUUGCGAAAACUAUCAGCACUAUUGCUUAGCCGUGGACAUUUUUAGUUGCAGCAUGGAUAGCUGAACGUUUUGAUAUAAGAUUUGUGUAGGUGGGCUUGAAAAUGAGGGAGUGGUGGCAGUUUAGAAAUCAUGUCCUGAUUUUUCAGCUUUUGCCAGCUCCCACUCUCUUUUGAACAUUUUUCCAUUCAUUCCUAUGGGACCAAUUUCACCACAAGAACCAUGAUAUUCAGUGAACUAUUCGGCGAAACGUUCCACAAAGUAAUGUAACACCAAUUGGGAACAAUCCGCACGUUUCUGUAUAUUAAUAGCAAUCCGAUCGGGAACAAUCUACACGUUUUGGUAAAUUUUUGUCUAUGUAGUGUAAAAACUGUGGGAGGAGUUAGGGUGGUAAAUUUGGCUAUAAUAAGAAUAAUAAGAACUAGAAAAGCUACAAUUUCUGGGGUAAUUGUGUGAAGUGUUCUUGCCUCCACCAGUAGUCUACAACUAGAGUGGGCUGGAGUUACUGUUAUUAUUUAUUUAUAGAGCACAUUUAAUUGUAACGUUGAUGCCCAAAGUGCUUUACAGUUACAUUAAAACAUACAUUUAUAAAAACAUUAGCAGGUGUACAAAAGGCCCUGUCUAUGACAUCACUUGCUGCUCCAGCCUGGCACAGGUCAGAGUAUUUUGGCGGUUGCCAUUUUCAAAUGGUCGUAUUUUAAAAACUAUAAAUCCUACAGUGAAGAGCUUUAUAUUGUGAGAAUCACAAGACCCAGACCUACAUUUUGAUGCAUAGUAUGUCUCUGAAGUAUUAAAAAUGAAGGCACAGUCGCAGUUUAGAAAUUGCCCUUCACAUUUUAGCUGGCUAGAGUGGAGAUUCAAUGAAUGUCAAUGGACAGCGUGAGUUGCAAACAAAUGGUCAUAUUGUGAAUACGAUCAGGACUAUGGCUUAGCCAUGGACAUUUUUAGUGGCAGCAGAGAUAGCUGAACGUUUUGAUAUAAGAUUUGUGUAGGUGGGCUUGAAAAUGAGGGAGUGGUAGCAGUUUAGAAAUCAUGUCCUGAUUGUUCAGCUUUUGCCAGCUCCCACUCUAGUUUUGAACAUUUUGCCAUUCAUUCCUAUGGGACAAAUUGCGCCACAAGAACGACGAUAUUCCGUGAACCAUUCGGCGAAACGUUCCACAAAGUAAUAGCAAUCCGAUCGUGAACAAUCUGCACGUUUUGGUAAAUUUUUGUCUAUGUAGUGUAAAAACUGUGGGAGGUCUUGCUAUGCAAGAACACUUAAUAAUAUAUAUGUGAGAUAACAUUAAGUGGUCUUGCUAUGCAAGAACACUUAAUAACAUAACAAGAUAUUUGUACAAUACAAGGCAUUGCAGGAUAAGGGGUUUUCUUUCAACUUGCAUUGGGUCCCCUUGUUGCAAGAUUACAAAAAGUAUAUGUUAAGCCAAAUAUGAUCUUGGGCCUUAUAUUGUCAUUCCCUCUGUACCAGACAGAGAGGCUGACAAGAGCCAUGGCUGAUAUAUAAAUACCAGAGCUGGGGUAGGGAAAAUGUAAGUGGGGCUUAAUGGGAUAAAUUCUGUUUUUUAUAGGUGUAAUGCUUUGUAAUAAGUAUAAAUGGAACUCAACGGCAGAACAAAACCUUUCUUGGAGAAAUCACUUUAAGAUGGAAUUCGGAAUAAAGUGAAAUAAAUAGUAUCUUAGAAUAUAAUUUUAAGUAAACUUGAAAACUGUCUCUUUAAGCAAAGUUUGAAAAUACAAAUUGUCACUUUAAGUACUCUUGACUUCACAAAAUCAUAAAUUCGAAAAUUAAAGUCAAUAAUAAUCCAGGUAAUGAAGUAUCAUCAGCAGAAAUUAGAAGUGAAACAGAAUCCAAUUAUUAUAACAGAAGCUGGCAGCAGGAUAGAUAGAAUAAAGCAGCAGGACUGCAAGCUGAAUGAACUUUAUAAAGCAAGCUGGAGUAAGAGGCUUGGCAUGAAAGCAAUCUUCACUAUUUUACCUUGAAUAGAAUUAAUGGGAGCAGUCAGAGGAACGUCAGUGUCAAAUCCUUGGUCAGUGCUUGGAGAGGUGGGCAUGAACAAGGUAAGUAAGCAGAGGUUCGCAACAUGAGUAUUCAGAAUAGGGGAAGCUCAGACGGUAAUCUUGAAUCACGAGGAAAUCAUUUGAGUGAGCAAUUCAAAUUUGCUACGGCUUCCCCGGAAUAGCAGAGGUGUCUGACAUCAGACGUGAGGGCGGAGUGAUUGUCGAAAACUAGAAAAGACAUUGAAGAAAUCGCAGAUCGGUAAGUAUGACAAUUGGUUUACAGUGCAAGAUAAAUUUUAGCCUUAACAUAUGUGGAUUGGAAGGUGAGAGCUUGAUGAUAAAUGAAUUCUAAAAAAACAAGGGAUAUUAUUCACCAAACAAAGAGAUGGUGUGAAUUAAGAGUUAAUGCAAAACAUGUCAAGAAAAGGGUUUUUCUAACCAAAUCAAUACUAGGCGUUUAUAAGGAUGAGAAAGAAAUAUUGCUGUGGCAACAAUUAAGACAUCUUUCUGUAUACCUUAAGCAUCUGGAAUGAAAAUGAGACACUUUUCAUAAAAACAUAAAUGUUUUAGUGGAACCUACAUAAUGGUAACUACAUAGAUGACUGCAUAAACAAUAUUUUGUAGUGUUUACAUGAAACCUACAAAAUCUAUAACAAGGUACAAUAGAAAUAUUAGAAAUGCAUGCAGAUCCACACCAGAGCUUUAUAUAUUUUUAAUAUACAUAUUUUAGUAAUAUGGUUUUUUUAAAGUACUAACUUAUAUUCAUUCAAGAUUGCUAAAGUGGUGUAAAGACUCCUUACAAUUUGUAUUCCUUAUGGGUAGUAUAUAUCUUGAGCUCAAAGGGAGCAAGAAUUAGGAUCUAUGAAAAAGAGAUACUGAAUAUUCCUUUAGGGACACUAUAGGCACCCAUGCCACUUUAGCUCAUUGAAGUGUUCUGCGUACAGUGUCCCUAUUGGACGUAGUGCUGCACUGUUAAGCAUUACAGUUUUAGAGAAAAUGCAAUGUUUACAGUGCCGCACUAAGACUGACACUAGUGGCUGUCUACCAGACAACCAUUAAAGGCGUUUCUGGAAUGUGAAAGGAAUGCGCUGCAUAAGGACAUCCAGCAUCAGCUAUUUCCUAAUAGGAAAGCAUUGUGCUUUAAUGCUUUCCUAUGUGGACAGGGCCGUCUUUAAUAACGAAUGGACCCUGGGCAAGUGUUUGCUUGGGCCCCCUGUGCCCUGCCGCUCUCGCCCCUCACUCCCUGGUAUGCAAUCACGGCAUUCAUCCCAACGCAGUGGCGGUACUAAAGUAGAAUGAAUUUUAUUGGGACCCCCAAUUGCAAGGUUGGACUAAAGGUAGAACCCCAUCUGUCGUGCAACUCCAACAAUGCUUUGACAGCUGGGACUCUACCAAUUUCCCAUGCUUGCAGGGUUGUAUUUAGCACUGAGCCAUGUUAGUAUGUUUGAAUGUAAGCAUGUGUUUGUAUGGAGUAUGUUUGUGUGAAUGUGUUUGUAUGUGGUACUGGAGUUUGAAUGCAAGUGUGCAUUUAUGUGUAGUGUUUGUUUUUGAAUGUAGGAGUGUGCUUGUAUGUAGUGUUGACGUUGGAGGUGUGUAUUUGAAUUUAAAGUUGCGGCUCAGAUGCACAGGUACACACUCUGACGCACAAGCAGAUACACAGAUACAUACACUGACUACAUACAGAUACACAGGCACAUACACUGACAGACACACUGACACAGGUACAUAUAUUGACACACACAGACACAUACACUGGUAGACGUACUGACAGACAUACUGACACAGGCACAUAUACAGACAUACUGACACACAGACACAUAUACCGACAUACUGACACACACACAUACACUGAUCAACAUACUGACACAUAUACACUGACAGAAAUACUGACACCCACACACUGACAGAUAUACUGACACCCACAUACACUGAGAAAUACUGACACACACACACAGGCACAUACACUGACACACACAGACUGAUAUACUGACACACACACACACAGACAUACUGGCACACAGACAGAUAUACUGACACAUGCAUACACAUGCACUAACAGACAUACUGACGCACUGACAGACAUACUGACACAUACACAUACUGACACACACACAUAUAUACUGACAGACAGACAGACAUACUGACACACACACAGACAUACUGACACACACACACAGACAUUCUGACACACACACACACAUACACUAACACACAAACACAUACUCUAACACACACAUACUCUAACACACACUAACACACACACUAACACACAAACACACACACACACACAAACACAUACACUAACACACACAUUUUUUUUUUUUUAAAUGUAAUCCACCCAGCCUCCUUACCUUUUGGAGUGCUGAGGGGAUUCCCUGGGGUCCAGUGGUGCUGCUGGGCUCCUGGGCAGGUGGCUGGUCGGGCAGGCAGGCGGGCGCGCGAGGGAGCACUCAGUGCUUCCUCUUCAGCUCCCUCACGCGCCGCGUAGGGAUGCCGGCGCCGGAAGAUGACGUCAUCUUCCGGCUCCGGCAUCAGUGCGGUGCGCGAGGGAGCUGAAGAGGAAGCAGUGAGUGCUCCCUCGCGCGCCCGCCUGCCUGACCGGCCACCCGCCCGCCGGGGUCAGCGGGGCCCACGGGGCAGGUGCCUCGGGCCCCCCAAGAGAAACUGGGCCCGGGGCAGCUGCCCCGUUUGCCCCGCGUUAAAGACGGCCCUGUAUGUGGAGGGCAUUGGAUCAGUUAAGUAAAAAAAGGGCACUCAUUGUAAAUUAGAAGGAAAAAAAUAAACUUUGCCAGAUUGAAAAAAAAUCUGCAAAGAACAGAGCUAAUAACAAUGAUUGACAAUUAUCUAAAUUGGAGGCACCCAGUGGCACAUUAAAGAGUAUGGAUUCUAAGUUUAUUUUUAUUUUUCACACCUUUAACCCCUUCCCGACCAAGGACAUAUCAGGUACAUCUGACAAAAAUGGUUCAUAAGAACAGCUAAUGUACCUGAUACGUCUACGGCUAAUUAGAGCCUUAUUGCAGUGAUGCCUCGAUGUGGUGGCAUCGUGCAAUACCCUGCCUGACCGAGGGGCUCCCGAGUGGUCACUCCCUCAGGAGCAAUCACUUCCAGGUUGCUCCACGUGGAGCCCAGCAGUAAGGCAGAGCAUUGGAAACCAUCAGACAGGCUUCCGAUGCGCUGCCUGUGCUGAGUGCCUCGAGGCACUCAGUGAAGAAUAAUUAAAAAUGAACCCCUUCCCUCCCUCUCCCAUGUACUUACCUGAUCGACGCCAUUACCCCACCGGUGACUGGUGUUCUCCUGCACUGAGGGGACUGUCUGACAGCCCAGACAGUCCCCCCUCUGCAAAUUAGGACCUCCAAGGGCCAUGUGACCACUCUGAAAGAGCGGUCACAUGGCCGCAAUAGGUGUCCAAAGAACUGCCAGCAGGCAGUCCCCCUGCUGGUAAAAAAAGUUUAAAAAAGUAAAAAGAAAUAAAUAAAGUUAAUAAAUAUAUAUAUAUAUAUAUAUAUAUAUAUAUAUACACACACACACACACACACACACAUCGUAUAUAUAACGUCCUGCUAAGUGUAUUUUUUUAUUAACAUACUUAUAUUACUAUAAAAAUACACUUAGAGUAAAAUUACACAUAUAUAUGUAUAUAAAAAUACAAAAAUACAAAAUACCCCUGCACUCCAACUAGAGAAAUAAAAAUAGUACCUGGUGCUCUGGUGGCUUAAUCAUAAACAAAGUGAAUAUACCGGCACUCAAGGUUUUCCAGAAGAUAACUUCUCCAUUUAUUGCGGAAGAAAAAAUUGACGUUUCAGCUCCACUGGAGAGCUUUCAUCAUGUCCUGAUGAAAGCUCCCCAGUGGAGCUGAAACGUCAAAUUUUUCUUCGGCAAUAAAUGGAGAAGUUAUCUUCUGGAAAACCUUGAGUGCCGGUAUUUUCACUUUGUUUAUAUAUGUAUAUAUAUAUAUAUAUAUAUGUAUAUAAACUAUAUAUAUAUUGUGUGUGUGUGUGUAUAUAUAUAUAUAUAUAUAUAUAUAUAUAUAUAUAUUAUAAAAAAUAAAAAAUAAUUAAAAAUAAAUAAAAGUUUUUUUAAAAUAAUUAAAAAAAUUUAAAUAUAUAUUUUAUAUAUAUAUAUAUAUAUAACUUUAUUCUAAGUGUAUUUUGAUAUGAAUAUAUAUAUAUAUAUAUAUAUAUAUAUAUAUAUAUAUAUAUAUAUAUAUAUAUAUAUAUAUAUAUAAAUUAUAGAAUCCAGCGCACACGCUUAUUCACUAAACAAUGAUUUUGAAUCUUAGAGAUUGUAAUAGUUUUAUUUAAAAACACCUCACCUAGGCAAAAAAUGAUUGGGGUUUAGUUACAUUAUAUGAUCAUACAUUGCAUAAGCCUGCCAACUAUGUCAAAGUACCCCAUAUUGGGGAUUCUGUAUUCUGUAUUUUGUGUAUUUUGGCCCCAGCAGCACCCUAUAAUGAAUGCAUGUUCAGGUAAGUGCAGCCCUCUUGGUUUUGUUUGUAUAUUGGGGAGUCCAGGCCAGCUCCUUGGUUUUGCACCCCUCCCUGUCACAGGUGCCUCAUUCCAGGACCCUAUUUAGCCUUGACUUGCAGAGAAUCCCAGUAAGGAAGCAUUUCCCAAGUAAAUGGAUUAAUCUCAUAAGAGCAAGCAUUAGGCUGCUACUAGGAUAGGACCUGCCGAAUAUGGAAUACUUUGACGUAGUUGGCAGGCUUAUGCAAUGUAUGAUCAUAUAAUGUAACUAAACCCCCAUCAUUUUUUGCCUAGGUGAGGUGUUUUUAAAUAAAACUAUUACAAUCUCUAAGAUUUGAAAUCAUUGUUUAGUGAAUAAGCGACUGCGCUGGAUUCUGUAUUUUGUAUAUUUUGGCCCCAGCAGAACCCUAUAAUGUAUGCAUGUUCAGGUGAGUGCAGCCCUCUUGGUUUUGUAUAUAUAUAUAUAUAUAUAUAUAUAUAUAUAUCAAAAUACACUUAGAAUGAAAUGAUAUGCAUAUCAAUGUAUAUAUAAAUAAAUAAAUAAAAAUAAUACAAAAUUCACAUAUGUCCAUAUACAUAUAACAUAAUUUCAUAAAUAUACACGUAGACUUCAAAUAUAUAAAUAUGUAUAUAUAUAUAUAUAUAUAUAUAUAUAUAUAUUUAAAUUCUAUGUGCAUCUUUAUGUUAUAUUUUGACAUAAUUUAGUAAUUUUAUUGAUUGCAAUUUGAGGGACCUGUCUGAAAAUCCAGGUCGAAAGUCCAGAGAAUUUAAUUUGCUAGCACUGUAUUGAACACUGUAACCUUCUAUGACACUCUAGAACAUGUACAUGGGGGGUGCUGUUUUACUUAGGAGACUUUGCUCAACACAAAUAUUAGUGUUUCAAAACCGUAAAACAUGUCACAGCGAUACAGUUUUUUGCAUUUUUCACACACAAACUGAACUUUCACUGAGGAUAUCAUUGUUGUGAUACGUUUUACUGUUUUGAAACACUAAAAUUUAUUUUCAGCAAAGUCUCCUGAGUAUAACAGUACCCCCCAUGUACAGGUUUUAUAGUGUUUUUGAAAGUUAUAGGUCAAAAAUAAAGCAGUUUUUUCACAUUUAAAUUUUCCAGAUAGGUUAUGUUGCCGUUGAGAGUGUAUGGUAGCCCAGGAAUGAGAAUUACCACCAUGAUGUCAUACCAUUUGCAAAAGAACACAACCCAUUGCAAAUGGGGUAGGCUCAGUCAAAGUUAGCGGUCAUAAUUGUUUUUUUGCAUUUUUAAUACACAAACAAAUAUAAAUGCUAACUUUCGCUAGUGUUUGUGACUAAGUGGCUACUAGAAAAGACUGGACAGACACCAUAUUGAAUACCCUGGGUUGUCUACUUUUCAAAAAUAUAUGGUUUGAUGUGGGUAAAUUACAUUGGCCGGAUUCAAAAAUGUUCCAAAUACUACACGAGUGCAUGAUGACCAACUGUGAGAAUUCCAAGUUGGAAAACUGGAAUGUGCACCCUCCAAAUAAGGUCUUUUAGCCCCCAGAGAACCUGACAAACCUAUACAUGGAUGGUAUUACUGUACUCAGGAGAUGUUGCUGAACACAUAUUCGGGUGUUCUUUGGCAGUAACCCUUAAAGUUCUCAGUACAUGUAUUCUUAAAUUGCUACAUGUGUCAAAAAAAUCACCAAUUUUUUUUUAUUUUUUUUUAUUUGGCAUAGAUUUUGUCAAAAUGGCUGCAUGAAAAGAGUCAAAAUACCCCAUGUUUAUUACCAUAGGUUGUCGUCUUUUAGAAAAUAUAUACAUGUGAAGGGUUAUUCUGGGACUCCUGACAGUUAUUAGUUUUACAAUGUAACUUGUGUCAAUUUUGAAAUAAAAAUGGUUUGGAAAUAGCAAAGUGCUACUUGUACUUAAAAAAUGUGUGUUUUUUUAUUUUUUUCAUCAUAUUUUAUCAUUUUUUUUAUAGUAAAUUAUAUUAUAUAAUGAAAAUAAUGGCAUAAGGCUAUCCUAACUAUAAGAUAAGGCCAGGGACUAAUGAAAGUAUUUAGAAAAUUGGGCAGACUAGAUAGGCCGAAUGGUUUUUAUCUGCCGUCACAUGUUUCUAUCUUUAGAAAGACCAUUUAAUGGCGAGAAAAAUGGUAUAUAAUAUGUGUGGGUACAGUAAAUGAGUAAGAGGAGAGUUACAGCUAAACACAAACACCGCAGAAAUGUAAAAACAGCCCUGAUCCCAAUCAAUAAGAAAAUUGCAAUGCGUCAUGGUCAUUAAGGGGUUAAAUACAUAUUUUGUAAAUAUUCUGGAUAAGUAAAGAUAAUGUGAAAAAUCUUAGGUAUUAUGCCUAAAGAAAAUUAGGCAUAAUAGUAAACACAGCAUUUUAAAGCAUAGAUAUUUGCUACCAUUUGGACAACGUUUGUAACUACGAUUUAAAAGCUGACUACUAGUAACAAUGAUUCUUUUUCAAUUAAUUUAAACACAAAGAUACAAAUUUAGAUUAAUACAGGCCUUGUAAUGUUUUUCAGGAAAUAUUGAUGAAGUAGAACAACAGUGGAAGGCUGAAUUCCAUCGCUGGAACAAUUACAUGAUGGACUGGAAAAAUCAAUUUAAUGAUUACAGCAGUAAGAAGGAAAGCUGUGCUGGUCUCUAAUUAAUAGCUUUACCCUUUAAGGAAUUACCAUAUUAUGAUUAGUUGGUACAAACACUUUGGUAGCCAUUGAAAAUUUGCCCAUAAUGUGCAUUGAGCAAGAUACGACAACACAACAUUAAGUUCAGAGCAUGGUUUAAGAAGAAUUACUAUCUUAAAUAACAUUCACAAUUUAAUUUUCUAAUUGUAUGAUUUCAACAUAAAUUAGAAUAUGUUUGUAUAUACUGGAGGUUUUCUUUGAGUAUUUCAGAUCUACAGAGAAUUUUGAUUUUGUCUUCCCCUUUGAAAAUGAAAUCUUUUUAUGGGAGAAAUUAAUUUCUUAGAGCACUUACUUUAAAUUAGUACAGAGUUCAUAUUUCCCAUAUUAUUUGACAUUCUAACUAUAGAGAACAACAGCAUUUAACAUACAGGCAUACAUCAUGUGGAUUAUUUCUAAUAAGCCAUUAGCACACCAUCAGCAAUGCAAACUACGGGACUUGUAAACUUUAGUGCAGUAAUAGUGGCUACUUUAAAUGCAUUAAUGGUGACUUAUAACAUACCUUAUACAAGGGUUCAAAAUUUCCACUUGCCACAAGCCAUUGGAGAGUGAAAAUGUCUCCUUGGCGUGUAUACCCUUGGUUGGUAUACCAUGGCUUUCAGCAGCAGGUAACUUUUAAGGCCUGGCUAGUAGCAUAGGACUACACAUUUUAAGCUAUGCCUUAUACUAUAACAUAAUAUACAUGUCCUGGCUACCAAUGUGCUUUGGUGUUAUAUUAGCAGAAGAAGGAAACAUGAUGUGUAAUCCUCCUUGUAAUUCUUCAUUUCUAUAGAAGCUGCCUAAACUUCACUUCCAAUUCUGUCCUAUGUAUAUUGUUGUUCACAAUGCUGCGUACAAUUUUAUAGCCUCAGUUAUAAAGUCAGCAUGUGUUUCUGCCUAUUAAGACGUGACUGGCUGACGGAUUUAGACUUGCAUUCCAUAUUAGGUGGAAUUGACUGGAUGUGUGGCAUGUCAGAAACUGCAAAGCAAAACACAAAGUAUUAUUGUGAAAUUCAAAAAUACUGCCACCUAAUUUAAAACAUACUAAGUGGCAAACCAUGUGUUAUGUGAAAACAAUGUCUUAGAAAACAAUCUUAGAGCUGUGGAGACAUCUAUAAACCACUUGUAUAUAAUCCAUUUCUACACAAAGAUUAUAUAAAGGAAGAAUAAUGGCAAGCUUUGCAUCACGAGAACAUAAUGUCAUCUUGAGAUUCUAAACAUAUCGUAAACAUGAUUUGCAUCGCAAUUUUAUGGUACAAGUUAAUUCCUGGCUACAUAUUAUUUAAACACCACAAGCAACAAAUAUGAACCUAAUUUGCCUUUAUUGAUAACUCAUAUUUCACCCCCACUAGGACAACUAGAAUGCAUUACCUCAUGAGCUGAGGUAAAAAAAAGUGCAGGAAUACAUGAGAGGCCAGGCUGUGAGGCAAGAUAUACAGCUCUUUUAAUCAGAGCACUAAACACUUAACACUUAUUUAGCUAGAAAGUGACCCACACGUCUGGUUGCUCUAUUAUUCAGUAAAAAAAUGAAUUAGGUUUUUAGCUGGUGUUGAAGUGAAUAAAGACUUGUAGAAAAAAAGGGGGAAAUCACGCUUUUUUUUUUUUUGUCAAAGCAAGUCUUGCGGAUGAGAUUCAAAAUCCCAUAAUCCACAGGUUUCAUUUCAUUUAUGUGAAUUAUGAGAAAAAGUGCACAGUGUAAACAUCAUUCAUGUAAUUUACUGAGUCUGACGAUAUGAUCUGGCCAUUAAUAUAACAGAUAGAUCGUGCAAUAUAUGUGCCAGGGAAAUAGAAAUAGCUGAAAGUCAGUACAUUAUAUUUGAUUUUCUGAAUUAGGCUUUAUUUAUGUAUAAUAAAAAGUAUUAAGAAAUAAUACGUUUGUUAUUAGAGUAUGAAAGAUGUUGUGUAAAAUUAUUGCACUUUGUUCAGUAUGCCAAAACAUAUUGCUUUACCUAAUUGCCAACACAUCACCUUGAAGCAAUUCAUUUUUACUUUUCAAAAGCAAUACAUUUUCAAAGCUAUAUUUUCUCCACAGCUACCUCAGACAAAUAUAUACAAAUAGAUGAAAAAACACAGUGCUGUCAAUAGAAAACAAAAGUUUGUAUUUGUAGAUAUUGGUUAGUUUUGUUUUAAGCACAAUAAAAGCUUGUUUGUACUUUCAAACCAUGGCACUAUGAGAUUUAAUUGUAAGAAAUAUCAAUAUAAUGUUUCUUGGCAGAGAUAUAACACAUUAGUAUUUUAACAAAGCAUUUCUUUAGUCUGAUGUACAGAGAAAAAAAUAGCGUGGAAAAAAUGUAUGUGGAACUCAUGCUAUUAGAAUUUCAAACAAACCCCUACUGGGGACCCUUCUGACUAAGGCUGGUGGGUAGUGCAGGAUGGAU